CAUUUAAUAAAGCAAUUGAAACUUAUGAUUUGCCAGCACAUGUACAAGCAGACAAGGGAGGAGAACAUUUCCAAGUUGCAUGGUACAUGUUAAAUCAUCCACAACAAGGUGUAACUGGAAUGCGUUUUCUGUUAGGUUAUUUCUGAGCAGUAAUGUAUAUAAUAAGCAGAAAAAUACAUGGAUGCUUGGAAAUACCAGAUCUAUUUCUCGUGUUGAACAUGAUAUCUCACUUGUUCGCUGCGCUGACUCUUGAGAUAUCAUGUUCAAAACAAGAAAUAAAUCUGGUAUUUCCAUGCACCCAUGUAUUAUUCUCUAUAUAUAAUUGCAACUGACCUAAUAACUGUUCAUUAGCAUUUCCACAAGCAUUUGACAAUGCUGAGUCAAUCUCAUCAUGACUUGCAGUGGGAACUAAAUCAUGUGCAUCCUUAAUUUCAUAGGAUCUAAAACAUAAAACAAACAAUAUAUCGUACUGUACCCCCCCCCCCCCCCAUAUGUAUCAGCAUAUUCAUCAAGUAUGACUGUCAACUAUUUCAUUACAUUAAAAGAGAUUAAUGGCCAUUACUAUUUCAGUUUCACACAAAAACCCUUAACAGAUAAAAAAUUAUCAAAUUUUCACUUUUCCCAAAGUCAGUAAUUUAAUUUCCACUGGGAAAAUUUUGAUAUCCCUGAAACACGAUUUCAAGCAUUAAUUCUGGGGUGAAAUUUUGCAGAAUUUCGAAGAAUACAAAGUACAUCAGUUAGGAAAACUAGUACUCUGCCAAAAGUUGUGGGUUUCCAUCGUGUACUAUGGUUUCUUCCCACAGGGAAGUUGACAGGGUGAGUUAGGUAAUACGGACUCACAGUAAUUGGCAUAUGCUGUUGUGAGCAGCUGGGAAAUUUGUUGUCGCUGUGGAGAGAAAUUGCUGGCGCACGCAAUAUUUUACAAAAAUUCGAAAAUUUGAAAAAACAACAUGAGUGAAAUUUCAACUCAUGAUUUUGCAUUUUUAAGAUGGCGAUCAAGGAAAUUAAAUUGUUGGAAAAACUUCACUAACAUCUCAAGUAUGGAAAGCAUCUACAUUACCAGAAAUUUAAUUGUGGAUUGAUUCAAAAUUCAGGCGCUAAAGUUACAUAGCUAGGAGUUGGCUUUUGUGCUCUUCGAAUAUCAGUUUUCAUUCGCGGAUUUAUACCGAACUUGUUGGUCUCAUGGGUGCCAAAAUCGACAUAAACGUAAACCGGUAACCAAGAGCUAUAAAACAAAUAGCUUUUCAAAACGAUAAACUUUAUUCAGUCAAAAGGAUGAGGGUAGAUAAACAUGCUACUGCGUGAUGGUGAUUUUGAAGCAACUUUGUCACAUAUAUUUUAAAAAGUGGGAUAAUGAAUCAAAUUUUGCUUUUUUCAAUCCCAAAAAGGUAUAAAAAUUAUUUAAAUAUUUAAGGUUUCCGUGUUUAUAAUGUAUUUUUUGAGAAAAGUAAACAUUUUCCCGAUAAAAAAGCAUACUUUCUGUUUUUUGAGAUAGAAUAUCCUGGGAGAGGGGGUGUAGAAGAGUGGGCGGAUAGCAAAAAACUUUGACGAUUUCACCAAAAAAUUAAUACCAAAUUUUGUUUUGCCUAAGUUUGAUAUGUAAUUUAAACAAGUUUUUUUACAUCUAAAAAUUGACCCUUGUGAUCAAAACUUGGAUUAUGUUCGCAGUAUUGUCUAUUUGUUUACUUCUGGAGAUUGAAGUUUGAGGUCCAAUUAUUUUUAAAGUUUGCAAACUACUCAGCUAGUAGAACCGAACAUACAAGUGCAUUAGAAGUUUUGUAUAGAAAUGCUCUGUUUACGGGAAGUUAUUUUGCAUUCGCAAGUGUCAACAAAAGCCGGAUUUCACAGUUUGAUUAUCAUGUCGAUAGAUAAAAGCUUUGAAAAUUCAAUUGAAAACAUUUUAAACCACCCGUAUUUCUAUAGAAUAUAUGUUAGUGGUAUUAACAUUGAACUUCUUUCUGUUUGAACCCAAAUUCGUACUUGUUUUGCGUUUGACAAGGCUGUCAAACUCGCGACGAUUGGCAGGCAUGACUGCAGAUUUAGCGUGUAAAAUGUCUUCUUGUUUGUGUCAAGUUUAUAUUAUUCUAUUGCUGUUCAAACACAAAUGAGAUAUUCUAUACACUGGAAACAUAGAGUACAUUUUACUUUGUCUUUGUCUCGAGCAAAAAAAUUAUAAAGAUUAAACAGGCAUUCAAAAAUAUACAACAACCAUGAACAUCUCGUUAUAAUUUUCUUCGGGAAAAUCUUCAAGUUUCAAUGGAAAUCUGGCGCACGCGCAACAAAUUUCCCAGCUGCUGUAGCCCGUGUGCAGGCCCAAGGGAGCAGGCUCAAGGGAACUUGAUAGUGGGCCUGCAAGCAAGGCCCGGUAUUUUGUACUUUCCGCGUUCGCCCACGAACGCGGCAUUCUGAUUGGCUGUUUGCUGUUAGAUUCUAUAAUUAGAUAAGUGAUUCAUCACAAAGGCUCUCGAUAUGCUUAAAAUUCGAAAAUUGAUCACUUUUUUCGAUUAUAAAUGGAACAAGAACAGACUGUUAUUGUUUACUUGAAGGAAGAGAUGUUUUUGCCGUUAUGCCAAUGGGGAUUGCUUGUCGUGAGGUGUCGGAAUAUCACUCAUUACGACUGGGGUAAACUAUAGUAACCUUUACUUGAGUUUCAUUAAUUUCAAACAGACUUGAUACGUUAUAUGUUACUCAAGAAAAUUAUCUUUUGGUUGAUGUUGAGAUGCAGUUGCAUUUAAGCCUAUUCGAAACACUUUGCGAUUUACAAGGCUUCGCUGAGAGAGCGAACCAGAAGACGGUAUUAAAUUGCCGUUUGAAACGAAAAGAUCUGGACUCUGAAUGCUCUCUUCUUUUGUAGAGUUCUUUACCACAUGAAAUAACUGAAAUAAAUUUCGUACUUCCGCCGCCAACAAGAAUUGCACACAUGAUCUGAUAAGUGAGACAAUUUAUUUAUGACAAUGGCAACAGCGAAGCACCAUUAUAAAUGCUAAUGUGGUCGCACAACUUCCCUCACGAUUUGAAGUUUGAGACUGGUUUUCUGUUGAAAUUCGUCCUAAUUUGCCUGUUCCGAUUUUAGUUGAAAAUGAGCACUUGGAAAUUUGGCAAUUACUGACUGCGUUGCUUGCUUUUUUGGAGUUAAAACCCAGCCAUUUACACAUUGCUUAUAUUCUCAAUAAGCAGAGAAAACCCCGCAACAUUUUAAUAUUUGGGUGCUGUCAUUGGUUCUUUUUUGACAAUUGAUGCGUGAAUGGGGCGUGUUAUGAAAAGGGGCGUUUUACAAAAUACCGGGCCUUGCUUGCAGGCCCACUAUCAGUUCCCUUGGGCCUGCACGCGGCUACAGCUGCUGCUGUUGUGGUGACCCUUGCCCUUGUGGCAAAGCUAAAUAAAUACCCAACAAUACAAAUAUGCUAAUUAGUCAAACUGUUUUACAGAAGUCUUAUGUAGAUAUUGGUGCACAUGAAAAAUGUCAACCUAUGUAUUUUCCCAAGUGCUACCAGAAGAACUUGAAGAUGUUAACCAAAUCGUAGGAGCAGGAACAUUUGGAGAAUGCCUUCUCAAACAAUAUUUGCGGUUAGGAAUACAUGUUGUUGAGAAAACAAUUACUUUAUGAUGAAGCAUAUUACAUGCAGUUAUUUUCACAUUGAUGUGUGCUUCAUCUGAUAGGAAUCCAGACCCAAAUAAAGCCAUAUUCUCUCAUCAUGGAAUUUCUUGGACAUGGAGUGGAAUCUAUGACAGUGCACAGGUUACUUUUCGAUGCUGUAUUUAGUGAGCAGAAAUCCAGAAUGUUGCUUCCAAACUGGUUUAGAGUAUGCUAUGACAUAGCUGAUGCUUUGCAUUAUAUUCAUGAAAAGGAAUAUUUGCAUUGUGACUUGAAGUUAAAUAAUGUUUAGGUUUCCAACCAAAAGGGUUAUUUGAUUGAUUUUGAAAAAGUCUGUAAGGUCAGGAAUCCAAGAGCAAAGAAAUAUAAAACAGUAUAUCCCCAUAUUGCAACAGAAGUACUUAAUGGUGAUCCAGUCAGUAAGCCAUGCAGUGAUGUGUUUUCAUAUGGUAAAAUCCUUAAGACCAUUGGUGGGUAGCUUAGAAACAAGGAACUUCUAUCAAUGGGGGAUAAAGCUUCUGAAUCUUUACCAAAUAGGAGACCAAGCCUUAUAGGUAUAGGUCUCCAUCGAUGGCUAAAAAUUAUUAAAAAUUAUUCAGUCAUUGUGAAUCAUCACACUUUUAAUGUAAAUAUAAGUAGCUUAAUUUAACAAAAAUCUUAAAAUUUUAAUCCACAGUCACAGCGAAAACUUCUAAGCUGUCAAGAUUUCUGUCUUUGGGCAGCUGGCUAUCACAAUUUCUGUCUUUCGGCAGUCAGUUCAAGCUAUUCUGUGUACAUAGUAGCUUAAUUUAACAAAAAUCUUAAAAUUUUAAAUAGCAAGAACUUCUAAGCUGUCAAGAUUUUUGUCUUUGGGCAGCAGUAAGUUAUUCUAUGUACAAAUUAGCUUAAUUCAAUAAAAACUUUAAAAUUCUAACCCAGCCAUUGAACAACUUCUAAUAUCUGUAAUGAUGAUGAUAGUAGACACAACCUUAUUCAAAAGCCAAAUAUUUGCAAAAUUAUAAUCAGAGCUAUUGGUUCAUUGACAUUGUCUUGAACAUAUUAGCAGUAGUGACUAGUGCAAAUUUAUACAUAAAAUAUUCAGAAAUAUAAAAUUCAUAAGCUUAGCACUGAGGCAAACUGUAAAAGUGUUUGUGCUCACGCUUUUUCGUUUGUCUUUGUCUCUAUAUUAGCAUGAAACUUUGAAGCCAUCCAAAUUCAACACACAUGUUUACUUUAUAUAAAUAUAUUAUGGUAUUCAGGUACAGGUAUUGUCAGUACAAUGGAUGACUGUUCUGAAUGAAUUGUCAAAAGCUAUGGUCACAAGCUACGUUAAUGUAAAAUUGACAUACCUGAUAAGAGAUUCAUAUUUUAGAUUUCUGUUUAAAUUUCUUGCCAUAAAAUGCGGUCUUCCAAUAAUUCGAAAAUAUAUUUUAAAAUAUGUUGUGUCUCACUCCUUCCAUCGCCAUUUACGGCUGCUAAAAAUGUAGGUGAAAUGGCAAAUGGACUGCGCUUGACCUAGACACAUUGGAACUAGGUCGAAACAAAACUUGACCCAUGCAUUAAUGCACUUGAGAUUGUCAUUGCUGUCUAACAGUUCUUUCUGCAAUGGCUUGAUGUAUAUUUUGCAUUGUCCUGCAACUUCUUUUAAUGUUGUGGCAGAUACGGGUGUUUUAAAUGGCAAAACGAUGAGUUUUCACCAGAACGGUCAAACAAGAACAACUCGUAGCCUGCAGAACAUAGCUUUGGAAAUGCUUCCAGUAACUUUUCAUGUAAAUGUGAGCUGUUUCCAUCAACAUGAAAUGUCACAGUUCCACCCCCCAAGACCUGCAUUUGCCAACAUGGUUCUUUCUUUAACCCACUGAGACGCACUGCACCCUGAUGCACCCUACUUUAGUAUUUUACUCUGUCUAACGCCAGACAAUUUUACUCUGUCUAAUGCCAGACAAUUUUACUCUGUCUAACGCCAGACAAUUUUACUCAUCAAGGGGAGAGCGCUGGCGCUUAAUGGGUUAACUGGCCCCAAAACGCUUCAUGUGCUCAUUCACCUGUGCAUUUCCCACAGCAGUUGAUAACGAAAUUCUUGGCAGAUUAUGUAGUCUUUAUAUAAUAGUUUAAUAAUGUGUGUAAGAUAAUAGAACCCGGAUGACCACAAGGGACGGGACCUGGUUCAGUUUGUAAGCAACGACUUAAGUAAGCAAUAAAAAGCUAAAGACAAAACACCACACUGGCGACAAGGGAUUGAGAUCUAAGUCCCCACAAUCGAUUUUCGCAAUUAAACAUUAACAAUUGUUGAAUAAAAUAAAGGAAAAACGAGAAACAUGGCAGUAGCUUUACCGCAUUUUGCUGAAUUUGAUGUUCAUUCAGAUGGUGCAAUCGGCAUUCGUUGGAAGAAAUGGCUCACUCGAUUUAAAAACCUCCUGCUAGCAUUAGACGUAGACGACACUAAAAGACAAAGAGCUCUUUUACCGCACUAUGCUGGAGAAAGCGUCAACGAAAUUUUCGAAACAUUGCCCAACACAGACGCUGGAGAGGAUGAAGACCCGUUCGAAAAAGCAGUGACGGCAUUAACAAACUAUUUUACCCCCAAGAAAAAUCGAGAAUACGAAGUAUACGUCUUUCAUAAGGCCAAGCAAGAAAAUGGCGAAAACAUUUCUGCAUUUCACACACGUCUGCGACAACUAGCGAUGAAUGGUGAGUUUGCUGACACCGACAGAGAAAUUAAAACCCAAAUUGUGCACAAACUUCGUAUGAAAGCGUUACAAAAUCCGGAACUUACCUUAACUCAGCUACUGGAUGCCGGUAAAGUCCCAAGCAGAAACCAUCAAAGAGAAAACAAAACGUCAACAAACUGUCGAGGAAAUACACACGAUGAGCUUCGAAACAAAAUCAAAAUGGCAGGCAUGUUGACAGAAAUUCUGAUGGCGCGAAACAGCCGACCGGAAUUUCGUACUCAGCGAAAGUAGAAAUGCUGGAACUGUGGUAAAGGAUACCCACACCCGGGCGGAAAAACAUCGUGUCCUGCCUAUGGAAAAAGUUGUCGAGGCUGUGGAAAGCAAAACCACUAUGAAGCCGUGUGUAGAUCGAAGAAACUCAACAAGAAACAGGAUAUUAAAACUCAAAAGCCACGGCACAACGUUCAAAACUUUGUUGAUGAAAACUCCAGACUCAGACGAAGAUGGCUAUGCAUUUUCUGUGAACAGUACCAGUAAGGAACAAUUGCAACCAAUGUUCAACAUUGUCAUUCACGAAACUCCAAUGACAAUUAUGGCUGAUUCUGGUGCCAGCGUAAAUGUGUUGGAUGAAAAAGACUACCAAGCCCUAUCCAAGCGUCCCGAGCUUCAAACAACAAAGGUGAAGAUACAUCCCUACAAGUCCAACAAGUCAUUAAAAGUCUUGGGAAAUUUCAACACGAAGUGCGUGGAAGACAAACUCUACGUAGUCCAGGGAUCCGGUGGUUCGCUUCUUAGCUGGAAGACAUCGCAAGAACUUGGACUCUUGAAAGCGGUGCACAACGUCAAUGAUGAUAGCUCCCCAACAACCAAGAAGCUGAUCAAGGAAUACGACGAACUAUUCCAUGGACUCGGAAAAUUGAAAGGGUACCAAAUUGAACUCCACAUUGACGAGAGUGUUCCGCCAGUAGCACAACCCCCCCCCCCCGCAGGGUUCCGUUUCACGUACAUCAGCAGUUAGAGGAACAACUAAAGUGAGACGAGGAACUCUGAGUUAUCGAGCGCAUCGAAGGCCCCACACCAAGGGUAUCGCCUAUCGUAGUGGCACCCAAACCAAAGUCUCCUGGAAAGGUUCACAUAUGUGUCAAGCAAAUCAGGCCAUCAAACGGGAAUGCCAUGUAACACCUACAAUCAAAGAGAUCAUUGGUGACUUGAACGGUGCCAAAGUUUUCAGCAAAUUAGAUUUAAACCAAGGAUAUAACCAACUCAAGUUAGCAUCAGAGUCAUGGUAUAUCACCACUUUUGGCACACAUCUGGGACUAAUGCAAUAUAAGAGAUUGAACUUUGGCAUUUCAAGCGCAGCCGAAAUUUUUCAGAAUGUAAUUCGUGAAACUCUCGAAGGCAUCCCCGGAGCUCUCAACAUUAGCGACGACAUUCUGGUGUUCGGAAAGAUGCAGAGCGCCCACAAUCAAAGUCUGGAAGAGGUCUUCCAGAGGCUCAAAGAACGCGGUCUAACAUUGAACAAGCACAAGUGCGAGGAUGGCAAAGACAAGCUGGAGUUCUAUGGUUAUGUCUUCUCAGGAGAUGGUAUUGCACCAGACCCUAAGAAAAUUGACGACAUCGUCAACCUACAGACACCAACAUCUGCAUCCGAAGCCUAUUGGGAAUGACCAAUUAUUGUUCCAGAUUUAUCCCGGACUAUGCAACCAAGACCGAACCAUUAUGCAAGAUGACCUACAAGGAUCAACGUUGGGAGUGGACAUCGCAGCAUGCGCGCGCGAUUGACCAACUGAAAGAAGCCUUGGUGAAUGCACCGGUUACAACGUACUUUGAUCCAAACAAAGAUACUGAAAUCUCGGUCGACGCCAGUCCUGUUGGAUUAGCUGCCAUUCUCUCGCAAGUGGACAGAAAGACCGGUACCCACCACAUUGUCACCUAUGCCAGUCGUUCCUUGUCUGAGACAGAGCAGCAUUACAGCCAGACAGAACGCAAGGCCCUUGCCGUUGUCUGGGCCUGCGAACAUCUUCAUCUGUACAUAUACGGAAAGCCUGUGACAAUCUAUACCGAUCACAAGCCUCUAGUGUCCAUCUAUGGCAACCCAAGUUCUAAACCUCCUGCAAGAGUAGAGAGAUGGGCUCUCCGACUUCAGCCUUACCAACUGACAGUCUGUUACCGAAAAGGAGAAGGAAACCCCGCAGAUUACUUGUCACGCCACCCCUCCAAACAACCAACCACAGCUAGCUGAGUACAAAAGAUCGCAGAAGAGUAUGUUAAUUACAUCACCGUGACCUCAACCCCAAAAGCACUAACGGUCCAGGAAAUUGAAGAAGCUACCAAAGCUGAUGCGACCUUGCAAGCAGUAUCCAAGGCAACCGAGACAGGUAAUUGGCAAGAAGGACCUAAGCAAUCGGAUGUGGACAGCGUAGCUUAUACCGCGUGGCAGAAGGUAAAAGAGGAGUUGUCAGUAGGUGUGACAGCCCAGAUAAUUCUUCGAGGAACAAGAAUAGCUGUUCCCAGAAAACUACAAGAGCGCGUAGUAAACUUAGUACAUGAGGGACACCAAGGAGUUGUGAAGACAAAGUCACUUCUGCGUGAAAAGGUAUGGUUCCCUGGCAUCGACAAGUUGGUAGAAAAGAAAGUCGAGUCAUGUGUGUGUUUGAUCUCAACUCCAGAGUCUAAACGUGAACCUCUCAAAAUGUCUCCACUACCGAAAGCCCCAUGGUCAGAAGUUAGCAUGGAUUUUGCGAAGCUUCCAAACAGCAAGUAUCUCCUGAUAUAAUUACAGAUGACUAUUCAAGAUAUCCGGUCGUCGAAACGGUCAAGUCUACUUCUGCCAACACGGUGAUUCCGAGGGGAGACAAAGUGUUCUCUGAAUUUGGAAUACCUGAGCACAGACUGCGCAGACUCUCGGUUUCAAGCAUGGAAAGAUCACUCCUCGAUGGCCAAGAGCAAAUGGCGAGGUCGAGCGAUUCGUGAGAACAAUAAAGAAGGUGGUCGAGAUGGCGACAGUACAGCACAAGAACUGGAAACAAGAGAUGCAUCGUUUCCUCAGAAACUUCAGAGCAACUCGUCACACAUCGACAUUGUUUGGUCGGGCACUAAAAACAAAGUUACCCGAGUUGAAAAAGACUUUGCAAGACCCAGCAGUUGAGGGAAAUGAUCGCCAGGCGAAGUCAAGGAUGAAGAGAUAUGCUGAUUCCAAAACCUAUGUUCAACCCUCAACAAUCCAGGAAGGCGAUACAGUGUUCGUCAAGCGUGAUGAUUCGAAGAGAAAGAGAGAUAUACCCUACCGACCUGAUUCAUAUGUCGUUGUACAGAAGAAAGGAUCCAUGGUGACAGCAAGAAAUAACAACGCAACGAUCACCAGAAAUUCUUCGUGUUUUAAGAAAGCGCCCAGCGACAAUGGCGAUGAUGAAGAAGCGAGUGACGGAGAAGACGCCGGUGAACAAGAGUAUGAACCCGAUGCAGCGGCAGUCGAAGCCCCUGAAUCUCGCUAUCCCAGAAGAGUGAGAAAGCGUCCUACCAGAUAUGGAGAACAAUUUCAUUGAUGAUGCGGAGAACGCUAAUUUAGGUUCUUAUAUAAGACUUUAUUUAGUUUUGUUGACAUUAUUCUUACAUAUGUUUUCCCACUUAAGUGACUCUAAGGUCGGACACGAAGUAACGUUAGUUUAUGGAACUGCAUAAUUCUGGUUCUGAACGUUUAAUGUUUAUAGGUCUUUUCUUUUAAAGUUGGGAGGGAUGUAGUGUUUAUAUAAUAGUUUAAUCAUGUGUGUAAGAUAAUAGAACCCGGAUGACCACGAGGGACAGGACCUGGUUCAGUUUGUAAGCAACGACUUAAGUAAGCAAUAAAAAGCUAAAGACAAAACACCACAGAUUGUUUGUCUGGUUGGACAGUAGUUGACUGUGAUACUCCAGGCUGUGUUUGGUGACUUUGGUUAUGCCUGCUUGGAUUCUCUACUUGAUUUGCUAAACAAAUUUUGAAAUAAAAAUAGUAAGUAUAAAAUACAUGCAAACCCUGCCUUGCUGACAAAACCAUUGUAUCAGGGGACAACUUCAAUUUGCCUGAUUUUGUUAUAAACAUAUGAAUGAAAAUGACAUAGUGUGGUACUCCACAGAUUUCCUUAACACCCCAGACAUGGCAUGAAGCCAAGAACAAUAACCCCAAUAAUUGUCAACCCUACAUGCUUUCAAUUUGCUAUUUACAGCGGUCUUUCGCAGGCUAUAUAAGGUCACACCCAUAGCAUAUAAUUAUCAUUUCAAUCGAAGAGCUGAAGGAAAGCACAUCACAGCAAUCUACAAUGGCCACUUGUCAGAAUUUGACUCACUCUGGACUUUCGGUUCAAGUUACGCAAGCACCUCAAGAUAUCUCUUCCAUCGUGCAAGCACCUACGGACACGCCGAGUCAACCAGAAAGUGCAGCUAUAGAUAACACUGACAUGCCACCGCUGGAGGUUUGUGUUCUUUUGCUUAAUUUUAGUUCCCUUGUGAUUAUGACUUACUAUGCCUACGGGUUCAUAUUCAGGUGGCAAAUCCCUUCCACUUCGGCUGUGUAUAUGUUUUCCUCUUCCGACUUUCCGUCCGCAUGACUAUACAUUAACCAUAUCAAAUUUUCGUCUAGCUGCCCUUGUUAAUUUCCCCCUAUAUUUCGUAUAGCGUCGCUAAGUUCGGUUCAAAUUGUACAGAUCUCAUUUUGUACGGAGUGAUUCCCUUUGUGUAUUAAUCGUCGGUUAUGUUACCCCUCACCGUUUAUAUAUAUUUUGUUAUGGUAUUUACUUCUUAUAUUUACGCAACUGAACUUUAGCUUGCAUGUUUAGAUACUUGCACCCUUAUCGUGCCGGCGGAGCUAACGUUUCGCGCUGGCCUUUUUAACACCCUGGGUGUUUUGGCUUUCUUAUGUUGCCUUAUUUUGAGUUGUUAUGCAUACGCAUGAGUUAACAUAUGCUUUUGAUCCUCAUUGUUCAUGAUUUACCAUUACUUAGAAUUUAUUAGCCUAGAUAUACAAGGCCAUUUUGCAUGAUUCAUUCAUCUUUUGUUUGACUUAAUUGUUUUUUCCUUGCAUUUUCUUGAUUCAUUUUGUUGUUAUUUUCCUUGUGUUUAAAGUGUUCGGCGAUCUUCCCGCUAAAUCUCCCGCGUUAAAGCUUUGUCUAGUUACAAAAGAUGUUGGGUUUUAUAUAUUAUUUGCAUGAGACAUACAUAAUUAUUACCUCACUAGUAUUUUCCUUGGGUUUGUUUAUGGUUUUAUUUAUGUCUGAGCUUUAGGUUGCAAGCUUUCCUUUUCCAUGAUGGUUUAUUGCAAAAUUUCUUUAUUUACCCGAGACGUAGAUACAUCGAUCUAUUUCUAGCCUAUAGUUUAUUACCAAUUGACCAUUUUUCUCGUGCUCAUUUAUCCUGUUACAUGGGUUUUAUGUGCCAAUUGCUGUGUACGUUCAAGCGAGACGUUUUGUUACCAGCCCAUGCUAAUUUCCUUUUCUGUUUGGUAUAUUCCUCCUUAUUGUAUCGACUUUGAAAUUUCCCGCUUAUUGUAAUUCCUAGUAGGUCUUCUGCCCAAACUCAUAUGUUUUGGGGAUUUCCCAGCUAACCUAUGGCGGUGCUUGGAAGGGUUUCUUACCACUCUCUUGGAAUACCGAGCGCCAGGGCCGCCAUCCCUGGGGCCAGUUUUUCUUGUUUACUUAUAAUUGUUUCUCUCUCCCGGGGGGACGCCCCCUGACCUCAGUCCUUUAUGGGCAUGAUUUUAUAUCACAACCCCUGUGGUGUUGUUACAUGACUUCAAUGCUUACUAUAGGCCACAUUCCCUUAACAUGAUUUUGUAUUGCCUUUACGCUUUUGUGUUCAUAUGAAUUCGUUUUUUCCCUAUUCUAAUUUUAUGUUAUUUACUCAGUUUCUGUUGUCAAUAUUUUAGCUGUAUCAUUUAUUUUGUUGUAUUUCCAGACUGAGAGCCCAGUCACCCAACUUCAAAAGCGCGUAGGGGCGCUGGAAGCAGUCAGUAAGAACGAUAUUGAAUCACAACUAUCAGAUCUCUUGUUGUACGCCCUCCAACAUACCACAGAUUUUGACAAAUAUACAGCCAGGCGCGGAUCCAGUGGUUUUGUUGACUGAUGCACUAAACCUUGCAUUUGUAGGGAGGUCUGGGGGAAUCCUCUCCCGGGAAAUUUUGAAAUCUAGAACCUCAGAAAUGCGAUUUCCUGCGUUUUCUUCGAAGUUCACACAUCAAAAUCGAAACGUAAUUUGCUGGAUUUUCGGGGAAAAAACAUAAAAAAAUCGGUUUAUAGAGUGAGAACAACAUAAUCAUGUGAAAACAUUUUUACGCGGAGUUUUAUCAGAUCGAAACUUGACUAGCCUUAUUUAUUUGAUCCUAUUUGAGUGAGAAUUAUAGAGUAGCAAAGUUGUAGCUAUAAUUUACAAUAUUACAUACAAGGGUACACUACUUACAUGUACACAACAUACUGAUAGAAUCAUUGAAAGCAAAACCACAGACAUUUUUUCCGUGUGUAAAAUAUGGUGCAAAUGACAUGAAAAGCUGAUCAGGGUUGUGUUUCUUAUGCAAAAUAGAUAAGAAUACUUCAAGCAAACUAUUAUAUUCAUUGCCAAUGAUAUCACUUCCUGUAACUUAUCACUUCCUGUUACCAGUUAACACCAAUCAAUAUAACAAUGUUCCAGGUCAAAUGCCUUCCAGCAGCAGCACCCAUGACAUAAAUUCCAGUUAAAUUAUUUUAAUAAUCCAGGAUUAAUUCCAGGGCAACUUUGAGUUACUACUGUAUAUGAAGGCCCUCUCUGGAGCUAGUCACUCUAAUAUUUAUGGAUGCAUUUAUAUCCAACAUUUUGAUAAAUGCAGUUUGAAUUUUUAAAUACUGUAAGAUUAUCAAAGUAUUCAAGGGUGUUAGGUAAUAGUUUUCAUUGUUGCUGAGCAGUUAAUAAUAAAAAUAAACAAUUAUUGAAGCUAUUUGCAGCAAAUAGAUUAUUCUACUGUAUUUGAAGUCUGGAUAUCUACAAUACAUUGACCAAUAUAUCUCCACAGAUUUUGCAUUGAAUCCCAAAUUACAGUACAUUCAGGAGAGUGUCUAGGACUACUGUAUGUAUCCAAAACUGCUGUUUCAAGAUAUUAAGGAUAGACAGGGAGAAGUGUAGUUAUGGACUUGGCAGGUAUCUGAUUGAAUGAGCAGGAUUGACAAGCUUCAGUAACAGUGGAAGUGCAGUAUAUUGUGAUCAACUCAAUUAGUACAUUGACGUAUCAAUGAAAGUGAGAUAAUUUAUCAAUUUAUACAUCAAUGUAUUCUAUGCAAUGACCCUUUGUUCUAUUGAAAAUAAAUGGUAGAAUGAUCAGAACAGUCAUUUGGUCCCAUAACUGCUAAUUAGACUGGUACAUUUAAAAUGAACACCUUGUGCUGAGCCAUGGUCAUGAGAAUGGUAUAAUUUAAAGGCAUAUGAACAAUACCAGGAAAAGCAUCACAAAUUUAAGGGGCUGAACUUGAGAGAGCCCAGCUAAAUUUAUUCCCUUCCUAAACAUGUGAAUCCCCUUUAUUUUCAGCAUCACAAUAAUUUGCCGGUCACCCCCUGUGCCUCUCCCCUCACCUUGGCAGGGGCAACCCUGAUACAUGUAAUGCCAUUUAGUGUGAUUGAUGGCUUCUGGUACUAGGUGAUCAUUCUGGAACAAUAGAGAUAAUAUAUAACUGAACUAAUCUCACUAUCACCAAACAUUGCCCUUUAAAAUAUUGUUUUGAAGCUUCAAGAGCUUCCCAAUUCCAAAAUGAUGUACAUACAGGGAUGGAUUUGGAUAUGGGAGGGAUCUAAUUAGGUGCCGGUAUUGAUGUCGGGUGUGAGCAUUGCCAAGGCAUGGUGUGUAAUCAUACAGAUAGCAGUGUUUUGGGGAAACAGCACCUAACAAGUAACCGGCCAAGUAACCGGCAGGUGCCAGGAAUAUAGCUGCUAGUAAGGGUUGCAGGGUCCUAGACAGAGUCCCUUAGACUGUAAGAAUCUCAGGGAGAACUUCAAAAUAUUAUGAAGCAUCUAGAUUCAAUUUGCAUUUUCAAACAAAUUAAGACACAACCUCCCCCCACCCCCACCCCUAAACACACACUAUAUAAUGGCUGAAUGGCAUAUUGAGUGUUUAUAUGUGAACAGCCAAACCAGGAUCAUCCAUGUUGACAUAUUUAAAACAGUUCAAAUAUAAUAAAUUUUGUAAAAUUGUGAUAUUUAUACUACGACAAAUAUACCAGACUCAUACCUACAGUAUUUAUUAUAAAUAUCAACACACAGUCACACACAGACUCACUCGUUUAAAUCUACAUCUAUAAACACAGUACACAGAUCCCAAACAUUCCCUUGUGAAAUUACUGAAAUAGCUGACAAACCUUUUAAUUUCGACGGCUUUGAGGCUCAGUGAGUUUGAGUGAACCACCAAAGAUCGUAAAAUAUUUCCAUACAAUGCGACAUACAAUGUUCCAUUAAUACUCCCGCCAUUAUAUAACAAUUCGACCAUAAAAUUUAUCACUGACUGUUCUGAUUGCGGGCGAAAUGCAUCAGUCAAAAGCGCAUUAUUUUGAUCGCGUGCUAAACGCAUCAGUCAGCAUCCAUUUCCCAACGUUACGUAGCCAUGAAAACAAUGGUUUUCGUGACGUGUCGUUGGGAAAACUCGGCCAAAAGACUCGGGACCGAUGCACCACUGAUGCACUUUUCUCCCCAACGUAACGUAGUGAUGCACUGCCGGCCCCAACGUGACGUAGUGAUGCAUACACUGAGCUGUAAUAAUAGUGGAUGCAUCAAACUAAACACACAUAUGUGGCGAAAUAAAGUCGCGACACAAAAUCGUACAACUUGAUAAGUGCGUUUACAUUUUUCAUAAUAUUUUGCGAAAUAUAGCUUUGUUUACAUUCAUUCCUGUGAAAAUAUAUUGUUUUAAAGGACUUUGGAUCAAAGACAACCAAUAUUUAAAUAUAUUUUUAAUAAUAAAAUGUUGACAAUUCUCGUUCGUGUGAAAAUUUUGACUGAUGCAUCCGCAUCAGUCUGGAUCCGCACCUGUGUAUAGCUAUCCAAAGCAGAACAAAUUGCCCAUGAUACGCGUAGUCAACAACAUGCUAAAAGCAUUUUUCUUGACGUUGCCACCCAGAGCUUACGCAAUGGUUCUUCCAAUAUUUUCGGCAUGCAACGCCAUCAAAAUCACUCCUUGUGUCCCGACAAAGCUAUCGAAACUUAUGUUGCUAUUUCUCGUGAAGUGGGCAUAGAUUUGACAGACAGCUACCUUUUCCAACCAACAAAUCCCAAGAUUUGCAUCAUCAACCUUCCCUUUUCCAGUGCUGCCGCAGAACCUCAUCUCAAGACGUAUUUAUGUGACGCCAACAUCGAUUGUGGCGAAACGCUUCACAAUUUUAGGGCCGGAUGUGCCUUAACCCUAGCCGGUUUGGAAUUGUUGGAUGUCAUGAUGCACAUUGGAUGGCGACGCCCCCAUACUGCUGAUUACUAUCUCCAACUCGCUAAUGUCAUCAGAGCUGGAGCUCCUGCAGAACUCCUUGCAUGUUGUCCUUCUACCACUCAGGAAACUCAACAAAUUUAUAUGGAUUAUAACGCUUUGCGCAACUUCAUUGUUGCGUUUCCAUCCCCUUCUAGCCUGUCUCAGAAGUGGCCUGCAAAGCCUUAAUUUCUCUUCUUCAGGUGUGGUGUUUUGAGGUGUGGUUGCUUUUGAGAUUUGGACCUUUGGUGUCAGGGCCGGGAUCUGAGAGAGUUUUGGUAUACAUGUUAUGCAAGACAGCCGCAAGAAUUCCCAUACCUUAAGGAGCAUGAGUAAGACUGAUGUAAAUAUAUUUACAGUGGUCUUUUGCAGGCUAUAUAAGGUCACACCCAUAGCAUAUAAUUAUCAUUUCAACCGAAGAGCAGAGGGACAAGUCUCAACACGUGCCAUUGCUUCACAUUGGUUGGCUUAAGCUCCGCCUGCCGUGUGGCAUUUUCGGACUCGUCUCCCACCCUUUCUCCCACCCCAACUUUUUGUUUCCUUUGUGUCCGAAAGCAGCUGCAAGAAUUCCCAUACCUUAAGGAGCAUGAGUAAGACUGAUGUAAAUAGGUAACUAUUUUAUGGCAAGAAAACUGUGAAAUGAAAUCCCAUAUCGCUAUAUUGUGUAAAUUUAAGGUAGUUAUUGCACUUAUUAAUAUUAAUUGAUAUCAGUAAACAUAUAUUGCAUGUCAUGAAUAUUUGCAUAUUUAAUUUCGAAAUAUUCUCAUUUUAAUAGUAUAGUAAUAUAAUCUCACAUGUUGCCUCAGCCAUUCCACAACCUGUAAAAGAGCACUUGUAGCCGAAUUUAUUUCAUCUGGAUUCAUACUUUAUAGUGUAAUUCAAACACUCAUUAAUAAUUCAUAAGCUUAUUGGCAAAUCAUGUCAACUAUAAUAUGUCACGUGCAGUGGCUUUAAACCUGAUAAAACACUCCUAAUUAGUAUUCUUUAUAUAAAGAAUACUAAUAAGGCAGUAUCUAUUGUUGUCAUGUCCUCAUGCGCGCUCGUGUCUUUAAACCUAACAAAACACUCCUGCUCGUUUAUUAAACAGUACUUCAUCAAUGUUCAAAAAGUUCUAUAAUUUUAAUACACAUGCUCAGAAGCGAUGAAGCAAAUUAUGCAAAUGAGAAAAAAGAGUAUAAAAGAAAGCCAAGAUUGCCUGGGCUCUAGUAGCGAAUGCCAGGUGAGGGGGGUGAGUUUAACAAAGCAUUAAUUAAUAUUGGCAGAUAUUUAAUGCGCUGCUAUAUAACUGCCAAUCUUAAUUUCCCAAAUGCAUGUAAUGAUGUGUUUUCAACAUGUUUUGAAACUUCAACAUUGAAAAUUACUUCAAUAUCUAUACUUCAAUGUUGUAUUUCACUUACAUUUGACAUGUUCAAUUCUGAAAUUAACAUCAAUGAGGGAAACAUGUUGAAAUUGAAGGAAUGUUAAAUUAAAGUAGCAUGCUGAAAGUUAUAUAACUUGCAUCUUAGCGUUUUAACUCUUUCUCAGCAGGGUCCAUUAUGCGUAGAACGUUCUACGGAUGUUUCGUUGUUGCGAAAUGACAGAAAGCAAAUUGGAAUAUUCUUUUUCAUCAUCUGAAGAAGAGCUUGACAUAAAUAAUUCGCAUGAGGGCAAAGUAGAAAGCAUUUGUAUUCCGUAUCAAGAUGAACCUUUGGCAGACACCGAUGAGUCGAGCAAUGAAUCUGAUGAGCAGGACGAAGAUGAAUUAUCCCCUUUAACUCUGGAGAGAAGAUACGAUAAAACUGAUCCUGUUGAGUCAUGGUAUAUAUAAAAAUUAUUAUUGGAUUACUAAUAUUAUGUUAUUCAGCCUAUACAAGGUGGUCAAUAAGAGUAUAGGUUUUGUUGUUUUAAUAUAAGUAAACAAGUCUUAAAAACACUUUUAUAUUAUAUGUUUGAAAGCAACAUGUCUGUUGAGGUUUUAUUAAAUACACUACAGUAUUAAACAAAAACUUUCUUAUAAAUGUUUAUAUCCAUGUCUCGUAAAUAGAAAACCAUUGACGGUUAGUAUUAUUUAGGUGCGUGUGUAGUCACUACAAUGACCGACAUUUGGAUUGUGCCCUUCAGUACAGAUGCUGUCAAGAAGUGAAUCCAGUUGUCCAUUUGCUGGGAUUUGAUGGUAGCUGUGAAAAGGUUAAAUGUAUUACAGAGCAUCCUGAUUUUGGGCCUAUGACCAAUAGAGCAGUGCUUACAACUGCUGCACCCAUGUUAAAAGAUAAACAAGGGAGAGGUUAUUGCCGUCAGCCUGGUAAAUCUGAGAAUGAGUAAGUUACAUUUUCUUUUACACUAACUUUGCAAGGCCUGUGCAUGCCCAACUCAGUAUUUGAGAUUGAUUCAAGUUACUUCAUGUUAAAAUUGCAGAUUCCUCCAGGCCACAGCAUACAGAUGGCUGAUAAGGUGGUUGUGUGGCUCUUUAGGGUGGGACAACACUCAUCCAUUACCAGCAUGUAUCUACCACAGCAUAAGGACAAUGAUACAUACAGAGAACAGAACAGGAUAUGCAACAGCAUAAUCCAGGAAUGAUGAGUGACAUCACAUACUGUGUGUUAUUCAAUAAUUAUAUGUAUUUAAAUUAUGUAAACUUUUCAACAAAAUUAAAUAUAAUGCAUGGUGUAAUUCUGUGUGUACAUUUGCCCAUUGCAACACAUGGGGAAACAUGCAUAACCUGGAAAUACAUGCUUCCGGAAAGUGUGUCACUUUGUUAUAGAGCCUCGUUUUUGUGUUUGGGAGGUGGCUUUUAACUGUUGUCUGAUACAUGAAAAUGAGGCUCUAUAGCCAAAGUGAUGCACUUUCCGGAAGGGUGUUUUGUAUUAAUUGGCUGCUUAUGAGGAAGAAUUGGUAAGUAGGUUCAAGCAUUCACAUCCAAUCUGUAUCUGAUUUACUGUUGCUCGCCUUGUAAAUCAUAUACAGAAUGGCUACUCAUGCUUUACCUAUUAUUUUAUCCUUACUUUAUCAUCAUCUUUCGGCUUAUGCUUCACCAUCAACCAGAACAUAUAUUGCUUAUCUAAUAUAACUGUUAACUAGUUAUUAAUGUUAUCAAAAUGUCCCUAAGGGCACUUGUUUUGGGGAUGACCCUUCAUGGGCUGCUGGUACUUCCUACAACAUGGGGCCUUCUUUGCAGGCGGACGUUCUUGGGUAUUGUUUUGUUGAAUGAGCUGUGACUGGAGCUCAGUUUGCUUGUUGACUAGAUAAAACAAAAUAAUAAUUUUUAGUCUAUUGUUUGUUAUUGAUAUAUUUAUAAUCAAAAUACCUGUAUUACAUUUAGCUACUGGAAAUAAUUGUCUUAAGUUUAUUUCUUUCAUAUUUAAAGUGUAUAUGAAAUGUAAAUUUCGUUAUCGGGUUUUUUGCAUUUUCUGAAAAUUUGGUCUUUUCCGAUCAUAAAAACACCAACCUUGUUGAAAAAUUCGAACCAGAAGUUUGUUAAUUUUAUGAUUAAAGUUCAAUUUUUCGACUAUCUGCUGGCGAAAGACUGGUACCCAGAGUUCCGGCUAUGUGACGUAUGCAGUAUGACACAUCCAAGUGUUUGACUAUACAAAAACAACAAAAUAACACAAACAUCAGACAGUUCCCUUUAUAUUUCGCUAUAAAAAUGUCCGAUAACGAAAGCUUUGACUCAGAGACAGAAGGGUCAACAGAUAAUGAGGACAUCGCUGAGUUUAGCCAUAUCAAUUUGAGCCAGUCACAGAUAGUGACCAUGAGGAAGACCAAACGGACGAAGACGGCAUUCUUCGUAAAACUCUUGAGGCGAGAUUUAAGAAAAAUGUAGCUGUUCAUUCAUGGUAAGUAAAGUUAUGAAAGUAAUAUAAUAUUAACCUGUCCAUCGACUAUUUAUUACCCUGUUUCGUCUGAUAUGCGAGUUUAUUUUAAGGUGCUCAUGUGGACAUUGUAGCGACGAAUUAUUGCAGGACGCUAGAGAAUAAAGAUGCUGUAAGGAAAUUUUGGAGUGCAUUGGCAAAUUUACGUUGGAGGGCAAGGAUGCAGAAUGCAUCACACAACACCGGGAUUAUGCAGUAGUCACCCAUCGAACAGUACUAGAGACUGCAGGGGCUUUUCCCUCUGAUAAGUCAGAGAAAAAGUAUCAUAAACCAACAAGCAGAACCCAAGAUGGGCAAAAUGAGUAAGUCAAACUAUCAAUGUAAUUAAAUAUCACUAUUUCUUGUAUAUAUUUAUAUUCCAAACAAUAUCUUGUAUUUUUGUUAUACAGUAUGUCUAUUUAUGUUUUUAUAUGUAUAUAUGUAUAUAUUAGUACUAAUAAGUAAUAAUAGUGACUCGACUUAAUAGCCUUGGCCUUGCGUAGGCAAAUCUUAUAUAUAUUCCGACCAUACAUGAGUAACUUCUUUAGUAUUUGCAAACAUGAAAUUAACUACUGACUGCUUAUUUAGAUAUCUUCGAGCAGUGGCAUAUCGUUGGAUAGUCAGAUGGGUAUUUGGCAUGCUCGGGUGGGAGAAUUCCAGGCCACUUCCAGCAUGUCUGUAUAACAGAAUAAGGAAGAGAUUUUCAUCCUCAAGCACCACUGGAUACAAACGAUCACAGCAGAGAACUUGAUUUAAGGUUUAAAGGCCAUGCUUGUUGAAUUCGUAAUGCAUAGUAACUCAGACUGCACUGCUUUUAUAGGGUUUGAACCUUAGAUAGUACAGCUGCAAACAUGAUUGCGUGUGAGUGCUGGUAUGAGUUUCGUGACAUCAGGGAAAUGUGGUAGCCAAGCCUAGACUCGCUAUGUCUAUCGCGAAAAACAUGCACACGUUUCUUGCUGAGGUUUUCUAGAGGCGAGAUAAAUACUAAUCAAAUUCCGGUCUAUUUUGUGUACAAAAACACGCAACUAGAUGUAAUAGAUUCUCAAUGUGAACUUAACAAACGGUUGUGAGUGAACAUAUUAAAUUAAUAAAGUAGAACCCAUCAUUAGAAGCAGCUAUAAGUCCUAUAACACUAUCGUAUUUUACCACACUAUAUAUGCAAUUCAAAAUUUGUUUGUUUUGGAAUGCUCAUGUUAUGGCAUAAUGUCAGUAAAUGUAGAUAUUUAAUAUUAAUUUCCAUGUUAUGCUUACACUAGUUACUACAAUGUUUGCCGUAAUUAAUAUUAGCUAUAGCCUAUCUACGUAAUAUGCGGUCUGAAACCUACAACAUAGACAUAUACCUAAAACUGUCUGUACCAGUGUGGGUACUACCAAUGUGAAAAUGCUGUGCUGAGUGGUUAUAUUACUACCUGAAAAAAAACAAAAAAAAACAAGCAGAAACUCGACGUUUCGGUAUUGACAAAGGGCCUUUGCUCGAAACAUCAAGUUUCUGCUUGUUUUUUUCCAGGUAGUAAUAUAACCACUCAGCACAACGUAGACAUAGUUUCUCAUCUCAUAGAAUUUGCAUUUUUGGCUGCUGUUACAUGAUAGCAAUUAUCAUGUAUAUUUUAUAACAUUUUAUAUUAUGCAUUAAUACAUUUUACUAUAUUUAUAUAUUAUAUAUCAUAGUUUAGUUAUAUUAUAUUUACUCUAAAGAAUUUACCUAUGGGAAAUUGUUUUACACACAGGAAGUUCUCUUAGCUUAGUCAUACAUGAGCAUGCAAAUAUUUUAGUUUAUGACGUUACCACAAGUGCAUAAUGGACAGGAACAGUUACCGCAAGAAGAUUGUAAAAAUGUUCCCACGAAAUGACACUGCAAGAAAAAACGUUCCUCUCUAAACACAUAUAAGGGAGAGCACAACUCUUAUGCACGAUUCAUUCAUAGGCCUCCAAGCCUUACAUGUUUCAUUCAUAGGCCUCCAUGCCUUACAUGUUCCAUUCAUGGGCCUCCACGCCUUACAUUAUUCAUUCAAUAGGCCUCCGCGCCUUACAUUCAUUCAAUGGGCCUCAGCGCCUUAGUUACAUUCAUAGGCCUCAGCGCCUUACAUGAAUAUCGUUUUGGAAAAGCUAUUAUAAAAAAGGUUGUUAAGGAAAAAUUGUUACAAGUUAUAUACGAACGAGUAUUGAAGUUAAAAAGUGACGUUACGUGAAGAAGACGAAAGAGUUGUGCUCAGUCAGACAGAAAAGAGAUAAGUUGAACUGAUAUAGUUUUAAUUAUAUAGUAAUUGGAUAUAGUAUUAUAGAGACACUACUUUAAUAUAGCAAGUUAAAGAAAUAAAUAGUUAUAUAAACAUAACUGACUCACACUGAUUCUUUGUUGCGAGAGAAAUUGAACCAAAACGCGGGAAAUAUUAAUAUUAAGGACCACGCUCGUAACACCGCUUAUACGCUACAACUCAUCACGUUGUAAUUAGAUUUUAUCUAUGCAUUGAAUGCGAUGUCUACAUAAAGUGGAUUCAUUUGAAUUUUCUUCAAAAUCUCUCAAAAACCCAAUUCUACCCAGACGAAGCUAUGAUUUUCAUAGCGUUUACAUAUCGAAAGGUCGCACUGUGUCAUACUGCAUAUGUCACUGGCCACGCGAUGGAAUGUCAAGAAUUUUGCCAGUAGAUAGUCAAAAAAUCGAAAUUUAAUGGUAAAUUUAACAAACUUCUGGUUCAAAUUUUUCAACAAGGUUGGUAUUUUUAUGAUCGGAAAAGACCAACUUUUCAGAAAAUACAAAAAACCCGAUAUCGAAAUUUUCAUUUCAUAUACACUUUAAGACAUAUAGCCUCUGCUUUUGACACUCGAUCAUCAAAUUGUCUGUUGAAAGGAUCUGGUAUCUUUGUCUGGUAUUUUUCGAGCAUCUUCAAAUGUUCUAUGGCCGAGUGAUUAAGCAUUACUUCUUUAAUAGCAGACACAUAGUCUGAAAUGGUUAAACAGUUGCAAGUUGUUAUUAUAGUCAGGCAUUGAUAAAAUGCACAGUGUCCGAGCGCCGCUCGCAGGCACCUUUUACAUUUUUGCAGGCACAUUUUAAAAUACUGACAUUUUAACAAUAUUUAGGUCACAAAAUCUAAAUAAGAUGUGUUUUUGCAGGCACAUUUUGAAUUUCACUCGCAGGCACGAAAAAAUUUAUCGAGGACUGAUUAUAGUAGUUAGUUUGCAUUAACCUAGCAUAUUUUUAAGACCAUUACAGAUAUUUUAAAAUUCUGCACAAUUGAGCUUGCUUGCGUAAAUAGUUUACAAGUAUCACCCGUGUAAUUAAAUUGUGAUUUUGAUAGCUCAAUGUAUACAAAUUGAUACAUUAAUUGGUAUGCCUACCGUAACUUUGGGGAACUGAAACUUCUCACACUACUUCCUCUCCUUGUUUGAACUUUGGCCAAGUAACUUUGUAAUAUAUUUAUCCAUCUUUUCUCUUAUGAGCUUUUCUUUUGACAUUUUCAUUGAAGUAGAGGCUGGCCAAAAUAUUUCUAAAUUGUCAGGAUAACCCAAACAAAAAAUUGGAUCAUUCCAAAAAAGUUUUACACCCCACAUGGAGGAAUUUUCUGCCAUCCUAAAGGGGCGGGAAGAAAAAAUUGUUUCUGAGGAUAGUAAGUGCAAGUAUUAGGACAUCCAAAGGGAGUAGGGUUGACCUCCAAUAUCCUCUGUGGGGGAGGUAAUGGAUUUUUUGGAAUGACCCAUUAGGUAUUUUAUGUACAGUAUUGUACAACUGUGCAAUGCUCCCUAUAUAGCAUAUUUGGCAUCGUAAGGUUAAUCAGACUUUGUAAUAGUGUACCUGCAAUAUCUCCCAAGGGAGGAGAAACGCAUCAUUUUGGUAUAUAUAUAUAUAUAUAAAAAUAAAAAUUAGUUAAAUUAGUAAAGAUCAACUGAUAGCAGCUUUGAAAUAUAUCCCUUUAAAUUAGUAACAAUACAGGAUUUGCUAAAGCAGGUUAAAUAGUACAGUAUCUUUAUCCAUUUUCUGUGCUGAAUUUCAUCAUGAGCACAAAUUGGAAAUAAUGAAUCUGAAUGUCCUGUAUGUCGAUUGGCAACAUGCAUCAUAAAGGAAUUCCACUUUGCCAAUAUAAGUGCUCUUGGCACACCAAUAUACAUGUGUUUGUACUCCUUUCACCCAGUAGGUAAUUCUUUCAUAACCCUUCUUUUUGCCAGCCUUCAGCAUUUUUUUAGUGAUGGAUGUGUACAUCAUAAUCAAAGUAAAUUAUGCUAUGCACAUUAGUUGACCUGAUCUAGCUGUUACCAUUGGUGUUCUAUCACAGUUCAUGGCAAAUCCUGGACUAGAACAUUGGAAAGGAGUUAAGAGAGUCUUGCAUUAUAUACAAGGCACAUCAGACUAUGGUCUCAUGUACACGUCUGAUGGUAAAGAACCUAUUUUAGCGGGUUAUUCUGACACUGACUGGGGAGGAGAUUUGACAAUACAUACAUCAACCACAGGAUACAUCUUUCAAAUACAAGCAAAUAGAGUAAGCAUGUGUAGCAAGUUACAAGGUUGUGUGUCAAAGUCGACUACCAAAGCUGAAUAUGUUGCGCUCAGCACAGCUUCCCAAGGAGGAGUUUGGUUCAUAGAUAUCUUAUAUACACUAGAUAGUGCAUCUAAUUAUUCUGCAAUUCAAAAAUUGAAGCUGUGAUUGCAGGCUCAGGAUAUUCCCAUGAAAUGAGAAGAUUCGUAUGUAUCCUAUUUCUUAAACAGGGAACUUAAACAUUAAGUUAAUCCUAUUAUAAAUACAUUUUCAAACUAUUCAAAUGAUGAAAGUUAUUGUUAUUUUUAAGUGUUUAUUAGCGAGUGGGAAGCUCCAACAUGGCCGCGAUCUAUUCAAAUGGGGGUAACCGCUGGAAUAUUCUUGGCUUCAAUUUUACUAAAAGAGAUGCGCUAUCUAGUUUAUAUAAGAUAUCUAUGGUUUGGUUAAGAAUGCUUGAUGAUUUUUGGCUAAAACGUACCUGCAAAAAUAAUUUUCUAACGAAAUUGGCGGAAAAUGGCGGAAAGUACAGAACAAGAGCUUUACGGCGACUUACGAGCAAUUAUCGACUGACAGAAAUCCAAAUUUCUUCUAUAUUUUGAAUCAAUCUGCAUCGUUAUAUCUCGGUCAAGGAAACUGACACGAGUCAUAACGUCAAAAUCAGUUGUCAAGAAUAGUGUGCUGCCUACGACAGCAAUAUUCCUUUUAACCAUUUUUUUAAUCCUCAUCCAAUUCCAUCACUCCCUCGUCCUCGUUAACGCUGCUGUCUUCGCAGUUGUUCGCGUAACAGUCAUGUAGGGCACUCUUGGCAUCAUUCAUUUGCAUAGCAUUCGUCUUGAUAUAUACAAGCUUCUUGACCUUCUCUGCACCAAGGCGGUUGCGUAGCUUCGAGUGAAUGAAUCCGAAUGUUGAAAAGUUGUGCUCCGAUGCUGCGGCUGACACUGCCAUUGAAAACACUCGAAUAGCAAGAUUCUGCAACAACAGCCUAUCUGUGCCAUCAGCCAUCCACCAUUGCAACACACACUUCGAGUUGCCAAUCAUCUGGAAGCGGAAUGUGUCCUGCUCUCUUUCGCUGACUUCUUCGAUGCGAAAUGAUGUGUACUCUUGUGCCAAUUGAUCUCUUCUCGCUGCGGAUGUGUUGCCCUCUUCCGCUGGGAAGUUGAAGAUGAAAUCUUCGAUCUUGAUGUGAAUGUUACGCUGCAUUUUAUCACCCAAGUAUUGAGGAUCUAGGAGGUAGCACACACCAUGUGCAUCCCCGUACAUAAAUUCAAAACGAUUUUUGACUAAUUCGGCCAGGUAGGACUUCUCGUCGCCUGUGUAGGGCAAAUUACACAUCUUGUCUUCCAUGUCAAGGAAUGUCUUGUAGACGUCGGAGCAAGGUUCUGCAUCGCUUCAAGGAUCUUGAUGCAUUUGUCGAGCUUUGUCACGAAAUUAGAAUCGGUGAUAAUCUCCUUCACCGAGGCUCGUUUCUGCUGCUGGUUUGCGUUACCCUUUGAGACAAAACUAUGGUUGAACACCGAAGCAUUCAAAACUGCGUCCGCCACCCAUAAAGAUUUAAAGCAACCCUGCAUCGUACCCCAACAUGUAACUAAAUCUGCUGUGAGCCAAUCUACAUUGUGUGACAGCUCUUCAGUAUGCACAGCUUCCAGGAAUAGUGAACGAGUUGGGCUGACGGCCAUGUAAUUUACAAUUGGCUCAUUUAGAACGCUAGACCAUGCGUCGCUCAUGAUGGAGAUGUAUUUGCUGGAUGGUGGAUAACAGUUUCUUCACAUUUUCUUUUGUGUUACUGUAGCACAUCUCGAGCAAACUGCCGCUACUGUCGUCUGCUAACUGCUUCCACGUCGGCAACUGUGCACCAGGCUGUGCCAACUGAAUGGCUUGAAGAAGAUGGGGAUCUUCGAUUCGCACGAAGCUUGUACCGGUACAAUAAAAAUGCAUAGUCAUCUCAAGGUUGAAUUUUUUCUGCUCACCGGCGGUAAAAUGUGGGAUGGCAAACGAUCUUACCUGCAAACGAUCUUACCGACUGCAAUCUCGCUGAGGAACUUGUAGAGGCGGUCACCCUCGGUUUAUCGGUUGUCUUGGUUUUAUUCCACCAGUCCGGGCGUUCACUUACAGGCUUGUUCAACAUCAGGUUCAUAAAAGGCCUGCAUUUGCGGAGGUGCCUUUCAACUACGAACGUUUUGUGGUGGUGUCGAAAAGACUGUUUGCAAUGCUUGCAUGCAGCGUUGUUUGGACUUCGCAGUGAAUAAGCCUCCGGAUCGUCGAAGGCAAUGCUCCAAAUUGGAUGAGGAGCCUCUUCUUUGUGGCUGUGUGUGUCUCCAUGGUCAUCAGCGGCGCUAUCUUGAAUAUAUGCUGAACUUUCAGCACUGUUGCUCAUCAUGCUAACCGGAAUUACCCAAUAAUUAAAUGACGGAAUUACCCAAAUUUUAAUGCUAUAAGCUGGCGACAUGCUCACAUAAAGAUCAGCUUACAUCUGGUAGUUACAUCUGAAUUUACCCACUGAUAAGUGAUAAUUUCCUUAAAAGACAUUAUCGGGAUAGGGGAGAAAGAGGGAUCGGAACCCUGUAUUUUUGGCAAAUUGCAAAUUUUCUUAAGGGGGCUGUCAAGUCCGUUCUGCACAUGUGCUAUACACACAUGUGCGAGAGUGCAUACACAUGUGCAAGAGUGCAUGCAUGCACAUGUACCCUAGCAUGGAAUAUCCUUAAAUUCCGCAUUGUUUGACAUCUUUUAGAUUGAAAUUGUUUUCCAUAUUAUUUUAAAAGCCCAACGAACGAGAAUGAUAACAAGUAUUAAAUAGAAAACAGGUUUUUAUUUGAAAAACUCACUUGUGCAUGUUAUAUCCAAAUUGCACUCGAAACCAUGCUAUUACCUAUACUAAUAGAACAUUAGAACAUAAAAAAUUUAAAAUAAUAAAAGAAAAUAAAAGAACAAAUUUGGCAAAAAAAAUGUUCUUUGUAAUAAUUAUAAGAAUCAAAAUUUUUUUAAAGCUGUUAUGCAUGGUUAAUUAACCAGACAGUACAGUACAGGCUGUGUUAUAUGAGCCAUGCAGAGAAUUUCCACAUACAUGUAGCUGGUGUUUCAAUGUACUGUUAAAUCAUUAUGUGGUAACAAAUCUUAUAAUCCCCUCCAAGGUAAAAUUCAAGAUUGAUUUUCUUGCCAUCAACAUUUAUUUCUCUGGUUGCAAUCAGAUCAUUAAUUUCCUUGAAAAGAUUUUCACCAGCAGUUUGUUGCAGCACACCAUAGUCCUCUUUACCACUGAGAAUUGCAAUUGUGUGAAUACCUUAAUAAUUCAUUGAAAACAUAUACAAAUGAAUAUAUAUAUAAAUGGUGUGUCCAAGUAUCAAAUAUAUAUUAUUCACAUGUCUAUACUUGCCCUUUGUAGACAUGACUUUUUCUCCCUCAGAUAAUAGAGAAAAUGACAAAACAACAAAACUGGACUUCUGGACAUUUUUGCUCCACAGAGGUGGAUUCAGGGUCUCAAUCUGAUCAUAGCAUUAUGGAUGAAAUAAACAUCGCGAGUACCAUUUCCUGCAUUCUGAGCAUCGAAAUUUGAUUUAAAAUUUGUAGAAAAGUGCCUGUUUUUCACACCAAAAUAAGAAAAAAGCGCACAAAAGUGACAAACUUUUUUCAUCAACAUACCACUUCGAACAACAGAUUAUCUUGAAAAAAGCAAGAUAACAGUAGUUUGAAAGUUUUCAAAUGUACAUCAUCUUGAAACAGCAGCUCAACAACAGUUAGGGAAAACGUUUAUCUGGUUAAGCAGCAGCAUAUAUAGAUCAUCCCGAAACAGCACACAGGACAACGUAUGGCAGUCAGGAAAAAUAUUUUCUGUACUGUAUAUAGAUUAUCUCAAAGUUAGGAAAAAUGUUUAUUUGUAGAUCGCCUUGAAACAGCAGCACAACGGCAAUUAGGAAAAUGUUUAUUUGUAUAUGUUUAAAUGUAUCAAAAUUCAUGCAGUACUGCAGGAAUUCGCGAAGAGCUGGGUGCACAAAUUUUAGUACUGCAGGAAAUAUAGUUCACGCGAAAAGUUUUGCGGUGUAAUACGAGACACUCAUUGUUAGUAAGUAAUGCAAAUCAGUUGAUAUAUUAACGCAUAUGUGAGCGCCGCAUUGGAAGAGCCAGAACAAAAAGAGGAUCCAUUUGAACUCUAGCUAAUAUAUUGUUUGACUUACCCAAUGGUCGGGACCUGACCAUUGGAAUGUUAUUAAUAUUUCGCGCCUUCCGAACUUUCUUGAAUUGAAUGUCUAGUCUGUAUACAUAACGAACCAGAAGAGUGUUAAAAAUUCAGUAUAAUAUAUAUAUAUAUAUAUAUACACACAUGGCAUGCCAAUGGCUAUCAAAUAGUGUGAGUGGCCAUUGAUAUUGUUCUGUAUUUUUAUAAUAAUACGUUUCAUCAGUAAAAAUAUGGUAAUAUAUUCGAUACGAAUGAACUGUGUAAACAAUUCGAUGUUAUUUGAUAUACUGAGGCUGAGACUGACCACAGGACUGACCUGACACGGAGGUGAUUCAAACAGCGCUGUUGGUUCGCAUUGCGGGAAAUGCAAAUUAUGCCAAAAAUUGCACACCAAAAGCUUUCGAUCAGAAUUCUUUCACGCGCCUUUUCGUUAAAUGAAACACGCUACAUUUGUUCAUUAUACACAUAAGGUCAUGGAGUAGAUCUGUAGUCCUGUAGAAGCCAUAUCUUUCUCCUUGCAACGAGCGGUGAUUAACAUUUACCGACUAUUCGAUUACAACAAGGAGCCUACAUGACAAUAACAAGCCAGCAUCACUCUGAAGUUGAUGCAACUAUUGCAAAUGGUGUAGCAUUUUGCCCCAUUCUGAUUGGCUUGCUUCGUCUGACCAUAGCUAACCAAUCAGCAUGCCGUAUUUGUGAAUUUUUGCAAUGGUCAGUUUCAAUCUGACCACUACAAAAAUUUCCAAAUACAGCACUAUGAUUGGUUUGCUACGGUUAGAUGAAGCAAGCCAAUCAGAAUGAAGUAAAUGCUACGGUUUGCAAUGCAUUGCGCCGACUUCAGAACGAUGUGAUAUAGUAUUGGUGUAAAACCCGCAAAUACAAGCAGUAUUUCAGGCAGAAAUUUGAGAAAAAGCCAAACUUAAUUAUCCAAAAUGAAAUAACUAUAAAAUUUUAUCAAUAUAAUUUAGUAAAUUUGAAAAAAAUUGCACCAAGUUUCAAUGAAAAAUUGAAAAUAUCAGCAAUUAAAAAAUAGUAUAACUUUUUAGUUUUUAAAAUAACUUUAAAAAGGUACACCCUGGACAAAUAUAUCUCGGGGGGAAAUCUGACCAUAGCAUAUGCUACGGUUGCAACGGUCUGAAUCUGCUCCAUCCCCACUUAUCUUCACUCUUUGUCUCCAAGCUUCUCCAUCUAGACGAGUGUUGUUAGAAAAAGCUUUAAAAUGUAGCCAGCAGGGGCAUUGCUAGUCCUAUUUGAAUAAGGGAGAGUGUAAGUGAAAUUUUGCCAAUUCCACUACUGGGGGGGGGGGGGAGAAAUUAAAGAGGUAAAGAAGGACAUUCUGACAAAGAUUUUCUGGACAGUAUUAUUUAUAGUCUCCCUUAACAAUUUUGUAUAUUUCCCCAAACUUGGGCUAUAAUUAGUAUAGUAAGACUACAUAAUAUAUGUCAUCAAUAGCAGUGUAACAGUUUUUACUGGGGGAGGGACUAAUUCCAUAAACUAUUCAAGGUGUAAUGUAAGCUUAGGAUAAUAAGGCAACUUACUUUCUUUGAAAGCUGAUGGUUGAGUUCAUCCUUAAAACUCAGCUGUGCACUAGGCCAUUCUCCAGGAGUUAUUGAAAUACUAAAGAUUUGUUGAGAUCUUGUCUACUUUUUUUAUCAAAUAGCUGCAAGGAAGACCUUCAUUGUUUGUCAUGCUGAAUUCAUGAUAUGCAGCAUCACUUACACAAAACUUGUCCAUAAUGUAGACCACAUUCCUGACCUUGUCUGUCCUUCUCUGAAAGGAAAUGAUAUGCAGACUUUUUCUCAUUAUUGUACUGCAGAGUCACCUUUUCCCCACUUUGACAAUCACUGAGAAAUAGUUUAUCCACCUUAAAUCCAAAUGACUUAGAAACCAGAGGGCUCUUUCUGAAUUACUUUUUAACACUUUUAGCUUUUGUUCCUUCUGGGUGUAGCUUACUUCAUUAUAUAUUCACAGUGUUUACAGGAGUCUCUAGCUGUCUACAAGAGAAUCCGACAUAUUCUUUUAAUUCAUUAUUUUGGUUAGAUAUUUCGGAGUAAGACUGUUCAAGGUCAGCUGCUCGCUGGGUAGUUUGCCCGAGUUCUGUAACCUCCUGCAACAGACUGUCACAUCGAGCUUCAAGAGUUUCAAGUUGUUCUGGUAAUUCCUUCUCUGCCUCAAGGCUGUUAAAUGUUAAUUUUACUCAAAAGCUGGCUGGCUGGCGUCUUCUAUUUCAGAUUGGUAUACAGCUAAUUUCUUGACUUUUUGAAGUGUCUUUAUUCUUGUAGUCCCUUUAGUUCCAGUACAUUUCUUGGCAGCAGAGUAACUCAGUUCUCUCAGGCGCGCCUUCUGGUCAUAACUUAGCAUCCUCUUUUAAAUGUAAAGUACAAUAUGGGAGAUUUUGUGAAAGGAAAAGCAAAUCCACGUAUGACAAUAAGGAGGAGUAAAAAACUACUUUUAUUUUGUGCCACUAAUUAAAAUUUCAUAGGGCAGAGAGAAAAUAAUAAACACUUCAAGGUUCAGCUUAGGCUCGUAUUCUGCUUGGGCUCGAUGAGAGAUGUGCCAAAGUUCUACAGGGCAGUGUUCUUUAGCAUUAAAAUAUGCUUGAGCCUUGUUGAAUUCGAGCUUUGAGAUCUGAAUUCUACUGCUUACAAGCUUUAAUUUGAUGUGUUAGACAAUAAUUUACUCGAAAUGUUUUCCAAAUUAUCAUCUUCCGAAUUUUGGUAAUAUAUCGAAUGUGAUUCUGGCUAUUGCCAUUAUGUUAUCAAAUGCAUAACUUUGGAUUUAAAAAGUAAAUGUCUAUUUAAGCAUUAUCAAGGUAAAGAGAUUUUGAGUAUACAGAUAAUAUAUUAAAUUUAAUUGCUUGAGGUUCACAUUUUUCCCUGGAACUAUCAUUUUGUUUAAAUAUGGAAAUUAAUUCACAUAUUUCAUCAAAUUAAUAGUCUCGCGUUUCUUGCAUACAAACUUCAUGUUCUAAAAGUAAAUACUUUUUUAAAGUUUGCCAACAAAAGUUUGGACUCUAACUUAGAUUAUAAGACUACAUUCACACAGGACCGGACUAAUUCUCACAUGACACCAGACAAAUUACAGACCAAAAAGUGUUCACACAGAGCCGGAUGAAUUUGUGCCCGAAAUUAUUUACUUGCGCAUGCGCAUAUAAGAUACUGUAAUUGACUGUAAAAGGCUAAAAGCAGUAAAAUUAAAAUGGCCGAAAAAACUUUAUGUGGACGGACGAAGAAGUAGUGCUACUUCUCAGUGUUGUUAGUGAUUAUAAAUCGGCAAAGGCCGCCGAAGGUGUGGACUGGAGUUCUGUUAAAACAAAGAACGAAGAUCUUGUUGUUAAACUUAAAGAAAGAUAUCCAAAAACACCUUGAGCCAGUUUCCACACACUGGUGACAUUUUCAACAAAGAAAGAUUAUGGAGCAAACUUAAACGAAUACGGACAGGUUAUAAAAAAGCUUUAGACUCAGGAAGAAGUAGUGGGGGACGGAUUGUCACGACGUUUUUUGAUCAGUGUUCCGAAAUUUGGAGAGGUUCGCCAGCAGUGGAGUGUGUGAAAAAUGGGAUAGAGAGCUCCAAACAAGAUGUUGUUGAAGACGUCGAUGCAUUGGCAGCAGCUAAUAAUUCGUCCUUGCCUUCAAACAGCGUCGAUUCAGUAGACGAAGAGCUUGAUGAAAGUGUAGAAAAUGAAUCAAAUUAUGAAGAAGGAAGACAAAGCUUGUUGACCUUCCUGAACAAGAGCAAACAGCAACAUCUUAUCACACUCAUAGUGGAAUACACGCUUUUCAGCAGCCUUACUUAAGUUUUAAUCAGUUUGAUAUGUUGGAAAAUCUUGAGAGCUCUACACAACCAGUUAGUUCAGUUGGACUGAAAAACAUACAUUGAUUUAAUCACACUAUUCCUCAUCAAAUUGUUCAAUAUCUCAAUUUUAUUAAAAUUCAAAUUGAAUAAUAUAUGAAUUUAAUGGUUAAAACUCCUGUUAAAUAAUUGAAUUUUUCUGUUAUAUCAUUCUUCAACAUUUAUUAUAAUUAAUACCUUAAAACAUCGAUUAUUUGUUGUAAAUAUUAAAUGUGAUAUAAUAUAUAUAGUAUGUAUAUAAAGUGGUUGACAAAUAUCGAAAUAUACAUGUUAAUUUGAGUUGAAUUUAUAAAACAGGGAUUUUCAAAUAAUUAACCCCAUCUAUUGUAAAUUAUUAAAAAAACUCAACAAAUGCAUUUCAAAUAUCUUUACUGACAACUUUGGUGCUUUGCUCUCUGAUUGAGGGAGUAUGCGCAGGUUGAAAUUCUUUUUCAUACUGUAAGCCACGAUCGACACACCCCUGCACCAAUACAUCAUUAUUCAUUUCACAACAAUUGUGUAAAAAUGAAACAUGCAUGGAUCACCUGGGGAAGUUCAGCAAUGUUGAUAUCCAUCUCUCGGCGAAGGGCACCAAAUCUGCCUUUAAGUCUUCCAAAAGCACUUCUAUGACUAUCCUGGCAGAGCUUAGUCGAUAGCCAAAGAAUUGUUCUUUUACUGUGUUUCCUCCACUAGGAAAUUCCUUCAUAAGGCAAGGUAACAGAGGAUAUGCGGGGUCACCCAAAAUACAAACCGGUACUGGUACGGUAUCAGGCACAAGGGUGCGAUAAAAAAUGGGGGGAUUGUCCCAUUGUUUAACAUCUCUUUUAAUGCAGAAUUGUAAAAUAUUCUUGCAUCAUGCACGCUCCCAGGCCACUUAAUCACAACAUCCGUAAAACAAUAUUUAAAAUCACAUACAGCUUGUACAUUGAUUGAGUGUCGAUUCUUUCUAUUGAUGUAAUCAGUUGGAUUUUCGUGUGGCUGUUUGAUGAAAAUAUGAGUACCAUCGAUGGCCCCAAUGCACUGAGGAAAUCCAUGCUUUUCGUAGAACAUAUUUACUGCUUCUUGUACUUCUUGCUUAGUUUUUGGUAACGUUAUGUAUUUUGGACCAAGCAAAGCCGAUAUCACACCACAAGUCCUUCGACAAUUCCCGAAACCGUACUCUUUCCCAAACCAAAUGCAUUCGUGACUUUACAAUAAUAUAAGUUAAUAAAGCACAAGAUAAUACGAGUGACAGCAACUUGCUUUUCAACAGGGUUAGUUUUUCACAUAUUCGUACUCUUCUUGCGCAGAUAUGGUUCGAGCUCGUUACACAACUUGAAAAAGUUUACUUUCGAUAGCCUGAAGUUUUCUCGCUAUUCUUCAUCAAUCAUUACGUUGUCUAUAAAAUUGUCCCACCAUAUCGACGUUCGUCCAGCUCUAAUCCACAUCAGUCUUCUUGGUUUUUGUCAUUUUCUCUUGUUGUACAUCAGCCAUUUUUGGAUCACAGUAGCUGCAUAACUAAAUAAUCGUUGUUCAUGUUUACAUUUUUCUCGAUGUUGAGAAAUAACUGCCAUUUGUACAAUGGAUAUUUGUACAAGCCCAGGUAUCUAUGACAAUAGUGACAAAAUGACAGCUACCAAAAAAAACUUUUUUCCCAAGUUUUAAACUUUACAUUUUUAUUAUUUCGCUGUCGAGUGUUACAAUGUCAGUUGUUGUUUACAUUAAAUUGUAUACUUCAUGUAAACUACUACUUUUGAUUUCAAAAUGGUCUUGAAAAGCAUUGGUUUCAGUGUUCCAGCGAGUCUGUCAAAUUUUAAAACUUAACCGGCCGAAAAACAGACGUAGCUUUUUUUGGUCACAAAUUUGUCUGGCAAAUGAUGCUCAAAUUCGUCCGAUUUCAAUGGUCCGUGUGAACGCUAGGCGGAUUUGGAGCAUGGUCUCGAAUUCGUCCGUCCAGUGUGAAUGUAGUCUAAGUUUCUUAUUCAUGUGAGGUUCACAAUUUGUUCAAAUCGUACUAAAAAUCUGUAUUUGAAGAAUAAAUGUUGCCUUGUAUAUGUUUUCCUGUUAUUUUUAUUAUAUAAUGCGUGCACUGAAGUAGCCCCAGGGUAGUAUAAUUAAUUCACCUGGUGACGAUUUCUGGUGAUAGUUCUUAAACAGGUUCUUUAUUCAUUAAAUUUACUUUAUGUCAAGCAUUAUGUACUUGUGGGUUUAGCAGAGUGGUGAGGCAUUCAAAUUCUAACAAUACGAUAUUUCAAUCAUUUUGGUUUUCUUGGGGACACCCUGUAUGUGGAUCAGGCUUUUUUGUUUAAAGGGGCAGUGUCACCAUUUGCGCAUCUUUACUGUACAUAACAAAAAGGUUCGGAAAUUGUUGGAAAUCGCAUGUUACCUAUAAUGUGCCAUUGUUUAGGUGCUAUACAGAGCGAUGAGUGAAGCCUGAAGGCAUUUUGGCACAACAUGGUGUGUGGUAAAGUACUUGCAUUGUAUUUGCAUAAUUUUAAAUCUAUUGUGUCAUCUGAUACUUCAUUACAUAUUAACCUAGGACUCCAAUUGUAAAUGCAAGAGGUCUUGUUCCGUGAGAAAGAAAGGGGAUGGAACCCAAGAUUGCCCUUGCAAGGGUAAUAAUGUUCACUGCACUGAAAGUUUGUCAUUGUGGUACACAUAGUAAACCAUGUAAAAAUAAGGUCGUCAAGACAAAUAUCUUUUCAAAAUUGAAAAGAAACUUCAAAUGUUCAAUAUACAUCCUGAUUUUGUUUCAGGCAGUGACAGAGGAUGCUAGCAGACUGAUCACAGAAAGCCAGUGUAAAAUUUGGCGCAGCACAACAAAAGAAACAGCAGGCAUCCAAGCAAGGUUUCUGGCGUAGCCACGACAGUCGGAGGAAUUACAAAGAGAAAAGGAACAAUGAUGUCAAGGUACCUUAGUUAAUACAGUACUUUAAAAUUAUUUGUAAGACAAUAUUUUUUAUCAAAUUCACCUUCAGAUGAUAUCAAUGUUGUACAUCAUUCAUUUUCUGGCAGUAUUUGGUCCCAAUUCCACUAGUGAUAAGCCAUGUUUAUAAUUAUACUGCCUUGUACAUGCAAUGAGAAAAAAUCUUGCCCAAAACAUAAUUAUUAAUUGUCGAAACCUGGCAUUUAUGAUUGCAAUUUUGCCUGAGUAUUCAGAAUAUAGCCUUAUAUAAAAUGACAUUUCCAGAACAAAAUCUGUAUACAGCUAUUUCCAUUAAGGUUGUCCCCCAAGCAAAGCGAAAAAGACGAAAGGCUGCUGGGAAUCACUAAUAAAUUCAUUAAUUUUUUAGCGAUUCCCAGCAGCCUUUCGCGCUCAUAUUCAACUUUUCCGCAUUGCUCGGGGACAACCUUAAUUGAAAUAGCUGUAUAUACUUUCUUUAAUUUAGGAUUUUAUAGCCACCCUAGAUAACAUGGUGAGAAAACCAGCUGUGCAUAGUCUUUGCCAGGGAAUUGGAAGCAUGGACUACAUCGAGACCUUGUUGAUAAUGAAAGAUGAUCUUGAUGGUGAAAGUGACACAAUGGGUGAGUUUGGAGACCAGUCAUCUGGAGAACAUGCAAACAGGAAUACUAAUGAUAUACAAGGCUGUAGCACCAGUGCAACACAGACGUUCCAUACUUUUUCAGUGGACAAUUUCAACAUUAGCUAAUGGUAGGCUUUGACUUUGUCGGUGACGUUCUUCUAUUUCAAUGAUGCAAUAGUUUGCUUUUCCUUUGGUCAGUUGGAUGACUCUUCCAAAACAUUGAUCCUGUGCAAACUUUAAGAGAUUGACCAUACAACUAUCGACACGCUUAUUAACUUUACCUUUAAGGUAAAGUCGCUUGAAGACAAGAUGGAAUGCUUCAGUAAACAUGUUGGUGUUUAUGCCAAGGCCUAACCUGUGACAGAACGCCCAUAUUUCUUUAUUUUGCAACCAAUCCUGGAUGAAGUAGUCAUGGAAAUCUUUCAUCUUUGGAUCUGAUGACUAUUUGGCAAAGAGGGCACCGGCACAGUUGUGAAAGAGUCUGGUGCUCGUCUGAUCUAACACCAUUUGUAACAUCUUAUAAACUUCAGGUUCGAGCGCAGUAUCACCGAUCUUUUUCUUCAACUCAGCCCGCCAAGCUUUGUCAACAUGCCAUGUGCAGACUAGUUUUUUUGGCCGUGGUACGUCACUCAUAAAGAAUUUACUAUUUUGGACACCACAAUUCUUUUUUACCUUGUUGAAAAAAAUGAGCAUCGUUGUGAAAUCUUUGUGGUUGGAAAGACGCCAUGAGACUGGAAACGCCUUUCCAAACUCAUCGGCAACAAGAACUGUUGUCAAGGAGAAAUCGUAUGCAUUUGUGCCAUGCAUGCUAUCGCAACAAACGCUAUUGGAACCAAACUGUUGAAGCAUAUGUUUCUAAAGGGGAGUUUGCAUCGCAAUAAAAGUCUUUGUCGCAUAGAUUGUAACCGUCAGGGGCUUUCUUACCUUGAAGCUUAUAGAAAAGAAUCGGGUUGGUUUUGUCAUCUUUUUUCCACUCCUCAAUCCAUGCAAGAACACUUUGCUGGUCAUUCAUAUGGUAACAAAUUUGAUCCAGCCCGUAUGCCUUCUCUAUGUUGUUAAUGUCCUUCCUAUCUAUAAGGUGGUAUUGGUGUAAAGUUUCUGAUACACUCUCUCGAAUCUCGUCAAGGAUGCGAUCUUGAUGUAUGCCUUCUCGUAUUUUCACAGCAAUAUCACGGCGUCUUGCGUUGGAGAUUGUAAUGUGCUGUAAUUUGUGCUUGUGCCCGUAGCAAACAUGAACAUGUACAGAUCCGUUCUUUUCUGUUUCUGCAGUCACAGUUGCAGUAUAAUUGUUUCCAAUUUUGCAUGAGCCUAUAUUAAAUAUAGGUAAAAGGUGUGUAUUAAUGUGGAAAACGUUUUAAAGCAACAUUUUGACUGUAUUCCACUAUUCAUCAUGUACAAUAAUAUGGUGCAUAUUUCAUGAUUUCAAGGAGUAUAUAAAAUACUAGUAAUUAUUAGUACACACAACUGUUCAAAUUUAAAAAAAUGAACAAAAUAAAAAACGGCCAUAACUUCAAUAAGGCCAAAAAAAAAAUAUGUGGGUUUCCGGUUUCUUCUUAUAAAAACUUAGGUAGGGUAGGUCGGUUUUAACUUUUUUUUUUAAACUUUUUUUUUAAUUUUCCGAAUAAGCGGACGCCAUUUUGUUUAGUCAGUGCUUCCACAUCCAAAGAUAUAAUUCCCUAAUAUUUCCUCAAAUUUCAAUUUUCCACAAAUUUUUUCCUGUAAGUGGAAACACUUACAAGCAUGAUCCAAUAAAAAAGUUUAGGGUCGGGAUUUUGACGUCCAAAAGCUAGGUAGGGUCGGGAAACCGGAAACCCACAUAUUUUUUUUUUUGACCUAAGUAAAAAUUGAAUGUCAUGAAAAAUUACACGUCGAGUGGAGUUUGUAAAGAAAACAAUUUAGGCGAGAAAAUAUCUUGACUGCUUUUUUGCUCUCGACUUUUUUUUGCUAUAUUUGUGAACGUUCUGACAAGGUUGCGAAAUGGAUUGCGAGGAUUUGAGGAUUCAAAAUGCCUCUUAGCUAUUCAGAAAAUGCGAUUUAAACAGAAGUAAACACCUGUCUUGAUAAGGGAGUGCAGUUUACAAGUUGGUUUUUCAUGCCUGUUAUUAGUUUUCUGUAACAUCAAUGGUAUCUUUAUUCCACAUCAGUGUAGUUAACAUUUCGAUACCACAAAUUUGUAAACCUAUUUAUGAAAUAUUAUGAGAGUAUUCACCUUGGCUUUUAAGUCUUCGUUUUCCAGUCCCUUUUGGUACAUAAUCUCCACAACGGUUGCAUGUAAAGUACUCCACAGUCUUUCCCUUUUUGCUUCCAGACUUUUUCACGAAUGAACAGUCUUCUUGUUCUUCUAGGGCUUCUUUCCAUUCCUCGAAUUCUAAUCAAUGAUAACAUGCAAUAAUUAGAGAUUGAAAGCUUGGUAUGGUGGAUGUGAUGGUGCUCAAUAUAUAGUAAUUGCAAUAGUAAGACUGUUUUGGAAAUUUAUUGGCUUUCACCCCACACGCCCUGGGCAAUACAUUUUCAAAAUAAUUGUCAUGUACCACCCCUAAACUACAUGACCUUAAAAACGUCAGUAAAUGAUGGCAAUAACCAUCCAAACUGUCAAUUUUAGUCCAAACUUAAGCGAAUGGCACGUUUGUGGCAUGCACUUAAAUGUGGACUAAAAUUACAUACCAAAACUUUGAAUUCUUCCUGUUUUAUUUUAUCUUACAGGUUUGUAUCAAAAGACAUCAGAAACAUCACGUACCUUUGUAGCUUUGCAGUGUAUCCUUACAAAAAAAUCCUAUAGGAAUUCCUAUAGGAAUUCCUAUAGGAUCCUAUAGGACCAUUUUUAAAUACUAAUUUAGUCUAUUUAUCUUUUUGUGACAUUUUUCAUUGUUCUCAGUUUAGGAAAUGUUUCUUAUAUUUUCUUACUUUUAGAAAAUUUUGAGACAUAAAAUUCUACUAUAUUAUAUUACCUAUAUUAUGUAUUUAAAAAAUAGAAAAUUCUGUAUGGUACGCACUACUAACAUAAGUUUUUUUUUCUGUCAUUCCUAUACACAACUAUGUUUAGUUCUGAUUGCACAGCAAUGUGUUGUGGCGAAUAGAGUUUCUCACAAAGCCGUAUUAAUAACACUUUCCACUUCACAAUCAAGAUUAUGAUCUAACAAACCAUCUGUUUAAGUCCAUAAAUUUCUCCAAGCACAGCAUGCAAAUGCCACCAGAGAUCCAUCAUUUUGGAAUCUGUAAAAGGAAAACUUUAUUUAUUGAAAAUAUAAUCGUAAUUAGUAAAUUACCCUACAAAAAACUAGAACAAUGGACCAGACGACUUGCUUCCUAAACUGAGACACUCCUCAGUCAGUUAUAAUAUAAGGGACUAUUAACUCUUGAUGUAAAAACAGUUUUUAAGUAUUAUUUAACAAUUAUUGAAUGAGGUUGAGCACGAUAUGAAGAAUUAUCAAGCCCAAAGUUUGCUGUUAUCAACCGAAGCCAAAGGCUGAGGUUAUUUUUUCAUAUUGACUCUUUGACGUCAUUUUGCUAAUAUGAAAAAUCCAUAUUUGGUUAGCCAUUGAGUUGAUAUGACAAUUUCACAGUUGCUGUUAGCCAAUCAGAAACCAGAAAUUUUUUAAAUAAAUAAUAAUAAGACUUAUCCUAUAUAUAUAAGAUAAUUUCCAUAGUUUAUUGUCAUAAUCACCAUGAAUUACAAAGACUGUUCAUAUUGAUACAAGGUAAUGCAGGGUGUAAUAUGUAUACUGGGUUUGGUGAAUAAUCCAAGUGAAAACUAAGUCCUCUGGCAGUAAUCGAACCUAUGGCCCUGCGAUUCUGGACCUCAGUUGGUUAGAGCGCUGCCCCGGAAGCACAGGGCUGUAGGUUCAAUUCCUGGUCGAGGAUUUAGUGUUACAUUUUUCGCAAUCGUUCCUGGUUAUAGGUCUUAAUUAAAUAGUGUCUAUAUAUACCAGGUAUGUUAAUGCCAUUUUCUUCGAAACCACUCUGAUCAGUCGUCAGUUCAAAUACCAAUAUGCUGACUUUUCAUGGAAGUUUAACUGUUAUGGUGUGCUCGUGACGGAUAUUAAUUAAUCAUGAUAACAAUAGCAUAGCGGCGUGCGGAUCGCAUUUUUUCGACAAUAAUCCACAUAAAAACAAUAUUAAAAAUACAAGUAAUGCAUCACAGUGGCAUUACUUUCGCCAAAUCGACAGGAAGCCCGCCACCUAUAAUGUGGUGACAAAUAGCUUUUUCAAUAUGUCAGCAUAAAAUAAAAUAGAAUUUCUGUAAUAUUAACUUUGACUGUUUGUUUCCAAGAAUAUUAAUAAUUGUAAAUAAAAGUAAAUUACAGCAAUAAAAAAACCUCAAUUCGCAAUAAUCCACUUAAUAGAAAAAAAAUAUUAAAAAAGAAAUGACAACAUUACAGUAAUACAUCGCAGUGGCAUUACUUCCGCCAAAUCGACAGGAAGCCCGCCACCUAUAAUGUAAACAUUUAGCUUUUUCAAUAUGUCAGUAUAAAAAUAAAAUAGAAUUUCUGUAAUAUUAACUUUGACUGUUUGUUUCUAAGAAUAUUAAUAAUUGUAAAUAAAAGUAAAUUACAACAAUAAAAAAAACUCAAUUCGCAAUAAUCCACUUAAUAGAAAAAAAUAUUAAAAAAGAAAUGAAAACAUUACAGUAAUACAUCGCAGUGGCAUUACUUCCGCCAAAUCGACAGGAAGCCCGCCACCUAUAAUGUAAAAUUUACCUUUUUCGAUAUGUCAGUAUAAAAAUAAAAUAGAAUUUCUGCAACAUUAAUUUUGACUCUUUGUUUCUAAGAAUAUUAAUAAUUGUAAAUGGAACACGAAUGGAAGUUGUGUGAAUUGUUAGCUGAUUUCUGAUAGAUUGGAUUCCAAGAACUUUGAGUCGAUGUAUAAGGCGGAGAUGUAAACAACCGAACGGUCGACAAUAUGAAAUUCCUGGUAUAAACUCCAAAAGUGGAACAGCUCAAAGAAAAUUUUUGCAUUCAAGGUAUGUAUAUUUAUGUUUUCUUCAAAUUCUCUAAACUAAAGGCGAAGAACAAUGAUGUUUUAAGCGAGUUUAUUUCAAGGGGUUUUUAGUCAUGCAAUCGGACCAUUCGCGUAAUAGACUAAAUUUUUAUCUAAACAAAAAUUUCAUCAAAAAUUUCAAAUUGACAUUUCCCGUUUGUAAUCUAAAAUGACUGAAAAUUACACAUUUCGCAAGGCUAUAUUAUCCGCAUUUUACAACAUUUCGCCACGAAAUUUUGGAAUAUUACUAAUUUUAUGAUGCUCUUUCAAGCUGUGAUGAAAUUUUUGUCUAGACUUGUUGAGAUCAAAAUUUAGUCUAUUACGCAAAUGGUCAAUUGCCAAACAGUGAUUUUUGCAUAUUUAAUGAACCAAAGUUAACUCUUUCUCGUAGCGCGUGAAUUUAUUUGCCCAAAAUAAAUUAUACAUUUUUGAAAAGAGCAGUUUUCCAAUAGUGCUUGUGCAAAAUUUCAUAAGAUUUGAAAGGAUGGCAAAUGGAGAAAUCUGUCACUUUUUACACGCAAUGACAAACAAUAAAGAUCAGUACCCGUCGCUCUUUAUUGUGCACAAAUGUGUUCAGUUGUUCAAUUAUCAUAAAACCACUUUUAAUAAACGAGGGAGUGAUGUAUCUUUAGCAGAAAGUAUAAUAAGGCUAUUUGGAUUUACGGUUUGGAUACCAGGAUUAAGUAGACAUACGCAAUUUCGGCCAUUUUUCGAUUGCGAAAAUCGGUCCUCACAGCUGACAUAUUUUUUUCCCUUUUUUUCAUAAACAAAAGAGUAUUUUUAAAAACUAACCAUAUGACGUUUCAUACUUUGUCAUAGUUAACUUAAAUUCAAAAGUAGAGCGAAUUUAAAAUUUUGAGCCUUGCCGCGGUAUGUUUGAUUUUUGUAGAGACUCGCUCUUAAGCGCUUUCCUGAGCCGAUUAGCAUAUACUCGUUUUUUUCUUCAUUUAAUGUUAAUUUGUUUGCAUCUAACCAAGUCUUAACGUUUUGGAUUUCCACCCCCAAUUUGUAUUCAAUUUCAAAAGAAGACUCUCCAGUUGCAGUUAAGCUUGUAUCAUCAGCAAACAUGGCGGGUUCAGUUAUUUCUAAACUAUUUGGCAGAUCAUUUAUAUAAAUUGUAAACAGGAGUGGCCCAAGGUUAGAUCCUUGUGGAAUGCCGCAUGUAAUAUUUUGGAAGGUUGAUAGCGAGUUAUUUACUUUGCAAAUUUGUUUCCUAUUACUAAGAUAUGACUGAAACCAUGACAGUGCUAAUCCACGAAUCCCAUAACAUCUCAAUUUGGAUAAUAGAAUGUUAUGGUUUACCGUGUCAAAAGCCUUUUUGAGGUCCAGAAAUAGGACACCAUUAAUCAAACCAGCGUCCAUGUUUGCUAACCAGCUAUUAGUUACAUGUAGUAAUGAUGUUUCAGUUGAAUGAUUUACACGAAAACCAGACUGAAAUUUGGAAAUUAUUUGGUGGUGUUCCAAAUAUUUCAUUAAUUGUUCAUGUACAACUUUCUCAAAUACUUUGGGAACUAUAGAAAUGACAGAAAUCGGCCUAUAAUUACCGCAUAGGGUUUUUUCUUCCGAUUUGUGGAUAGGUGUUGGCAAUUUUCCAGUCAUCUGGAAAAAUUCCAGUCUUAAGAGAUUGGUUAAAUAUAUACGUUAGUGGCACAACAAUAGCACCCCCAGCGGCCUGCAAUAGUUUCACAGAGAUUUUGUCAUAGCCCGAUGAUUUAGCAGUUUUCAUUUUAAUUUCCUCCCUAACUUUAUCAUGGGAUGUAGUUUGAAAUUUGAAGUUGUGUGGUGUAGAUGUUACGAAAGACAGUGGAUCGACAUCACUUGCGUCUGUAUUUUCAGCUAAACGUGUACCUAUGCGCGAGAAGAAGCUGUUAAAUUCUUCUGCAAUAUUCUCAUCUCCUACUAUUUUUCCUUCGUCAACUACCAAUUCAUUAAUUAUAAUUACUGACGGUCAUAAUAACCUAUUGUUUUCUCUCUGCAUUAUAUCAGCGAAUGUCGAGAAAUUUUAAGGCCGGCGCACACUAGAGCUAUGUGCUUAGCAAAAUGUCAUUCGUGACUGUUGGCGUAAGGAGAUAGCUCUCGUGUGCGGGCGAUUUACGAACGACUUUUGUCAUUCGUGCCACUUACGCCAAAUAUCUAACAUGUUUGAUAAUUUCUGCCUCACGUGCCAAAAUCUUUCCGUGUGCGGCGAACGAAAGCUAUCUGCUUACGGAUUGUCGUAACAGCGCAUGCGUAGUAUACGAAUGUAAACAUCCAAGAUGGCGGCGCAAAAUGAAUUGCUGGCCGAGGCAAUUUUAGAGGACAAACUUACUGGCUAUUUCUUUCACCGCACAUUCCCUUUUGUCCCUAUUUCUAAAAUCUGCAGAACUCACAUCGUAUAAACAUUUGUAUUCAGGCCAAAGUUCGACAAGUUUGUCCUCUAAAAUUGCCUCGGCCAGCAAUUCAUUUUGCGCCGCCAUCUUGGAUGUUUACUUUCGUAUACUACGCAUGCGCUGUUACGACAAUCCGUAAGCAGAUAGCUUUCGUUCGCCGCACACGGAAAGAUUUUGGCACGCGAGGCAGAAAUUAUCAAACAUGUUAGAUAUUUGGCGUAAGUGGCACGAAUGACAAAAGUCGUUCGUAAAUCGCCCGCACACGAGAGCUAUCUCCUUACGCCAAACCAGUCACGAAUGACAUUUUGCUAAGCACAUAGCUCUAGUGUGCGCCGGCCUUUAGCGUUCUUCUGAAAAACGGGAGCGGUCUUUUUUGAUUGUAGGGAAAUUCCCAGGGGUAAAUGUUUAUACGGGCUAAAAUAGCACACAGCAUUAUUAAAAACAAGACGCUCUAUAGAGCGUUAACUCGCUGGGGCUAUACAAACCACAGGCGGCCCAAUCUCAGAAUGAAUGAUCAGGUGUUGCGGGUUUUUAACGGUUUUUAUAAACAAAUUUAUAGUCAACCAAAACUAUUUUAAAAACAUUCUUAAAUUAGUCAAAUAAAUACAUUUUAACAAUAAAAUAUAGUUGACAUGAUAGUAUAAUACCUUUGCAUUCUUUUAAUUACUCCAUGAGCUCAUUUAGAGCGGUUGAUGUAACAUUUUCUGUGGCCUACAUUGAGUGUGCUCAUCUAUAUAUAAUAUAACAGUAGAAGGCUAAUCACUGGCGGCACGACCGCAUCGCCUUCAAUGUCAAAUAUCUCCGCUCAAACUUCUCGUACGCCAAAACAAAUUCGAUUACAUCUUUUCACAAAGAUUUCUCUUUCUAAAUAAUAUGGUUUGAUCGUAGCUUGGGCAAAUUUAGCGACGAACGGAACCAAAAUCUCCUCAAUUUCGGAUACUGUUCAAAAUACUUAGGGCUGCUCGGGCACGAUCGUGGACGUGACGUAAUCAAUACAUACUGACAAUAACGCCUUACCGCCUUACUUGGGGUGGGACAGCAUAAAGCGACAAACUAUCGUCGAAUUUGAUAUGCUGUCUCACCCCGGGUAAGGCGUUAUUGUCAUUAUGUAUUGAUUACGUCAUACUGACAUACUGACAAUAACGCCUUACCCGGGGUGAGACAGCAUAUCAAAUUCGACGAUAGUUUGUCGCUUUAUGCUGUCCCACCCCAAGUAAGGCGGUAAGGCGUUAUUGUCAGUAUGUAUUGAUUACGUCACGUCCACGAUCGUGCCCGAGCAGCCCUAAGUAUUUUGAACAGUAUCCGAAAUUGUGGAGAUUUUGGUUUCGUUCGUCGCUAAAUUUGCCCAAGCUACGAUCAAACCAUAUUAUUUAGAAAGAGAAAUCUUUUUGAAAAGAUGUAAUCGAAUUUGUUUUGGCGUACGAGAAGUUUGAGCGGAGAUAUUUGACUUUGAAGGCGAUGCGGUCGUGCCGCCAGUGAUUAGCCUUCUACUGUUAUAUUAUAUAUAGAUGAGCACACUCAAUGUAGGCCACAGAAAAUGUUACAUCAACCGCUCUAAAUGAGUUCAUGGAGUAAUUAAAAGAAUGCAAAGGUAUUAUACUAUUAUGUCAACUAUAUUUUAUUGUUAAAAUGUAUUUAUUUGACUAAUUUAAGAAUGUUUUUAAAAUAGUUUUGGUUGACUAUAAAUUUGUUUAUAAAAACCGUUAAAAACCCGCAACACCUGAUCAUUCAUUCUGAGAUUGGGCCGCCUGUGUACAAACACGCACAUUACCGUAUAUGAUACAUACAUGCAUGCAGUAUACAGUUGUUAUAAUUUAAGGUUGUCCCGAGCUAAGCGGAAAAGUCGAAUACGAGCGCGAAAGGCUAGGGUUGAAGAUUAAACUUUUCAGUAACAGUUUUGUUCACUCUGUUUUGAACUAUAUCAACAUAUAACACUGCUCUGUCUAUUUAGGUGAAUGCCAUGUUAUAAUAUUGCUAUUUAUAUCCCACUGACUUGCAUUGUGCCCCAAUGCAAUCAUGCACCCUACUUUAUUAGUUUAAUGUAUGUAUAAACUUUAUUUCAACACGGAAAUCUCAUCAUUACAAACAAUGCUCUUCCUGAGAGCCGUGCAUAUAUACAAUUAUGUAAAAUUAUAAAUCUAUGUAUAAAUAUAGGAAGAAAGGAGAGAAAGGGAAACAAAGGGUAAACUAGAUUUUACGAUAAUUUGAAUGAUUAUAUUACAUAUAUACAAUAAAAGCAUUAGAGACUAAGAGAAUCACGUAUACUAUUAGAAACCUUUGUUUUGAAAGCAAUGACAUCCUCGGUUGAUUUGAUGUCAUCACUUAGAGAGUUCCAGGUGACCGCUCCACUGUAUGUUAAACUAUUUUUCAUGAAGUUUGUGCUAGGUUUUGGAAGAGAAAAAUUCACCUGGCUACCCCUUACAUUGUAGUCAUGCAUUUGAUUCCUUCUGGAAAAUUGUGAUGUUAGAUACAUAGGUGCAUCAUUAUUUGCUAUUUUAUGCAUUAAUAAUGCCUUAUUCAAGUGCCACCUAUGUUCCAACGUAAGCCAGCCUAAUUUUUCUAAAAUUUCCGCAGAUCUAAUAUCAUAUCCAGAACGUGUGAUAACCCGCCCAGCACGAUUUUGUAAUUUCUGAAGUUUCUCUUUAAAACCUUUAUUGCAGUUAUCCCAUACCGAUGAACAAUAGUCGAAAUGCGGUUGUAUAAUUGCAUAAUAUAUUUUCUUUAAUGCGUCUACUGGAACAAAAUCACGAAUUUGUCUCAAGACACUAAGGCCACUCUUUACCUUCUUUACAGUAUUACUUAUGUGCUCAUGCCAGCUAAGAUUUUCGUCAACAGUAACACCUAGGAUUUUUUUGUGUUUAACUCUUUUCAGUUUAACAUUUCCUAUGAAUAAAGAAGGUUCCCUACUUAAGUUUCUAAUUCGUUGGACUGAGCCAAUGAUCAUGUAUUCGCUUUUGACAAUAUUGAGACUAAGAUGAUUGGCUCUCAGCCAAAUGCACAAAUUUUGUAGAUCUUCAUUAAUUCUGUUUUCCAUAAGGUUAAAAUUUUCGUUUCCCAUAGUGAUGCUAGUGUCAUCUGCAUACAUAUUUGGUAUUGUAUGAGCGAGACAGCCCGGAAGAUCAUUAAUAAAGAUCAGAAACAGCAACGGGCCUAGUAUCGAUCCCUGUGGUACACCGCAUUUUAUUAUACCCGGAUUUGAAAGGACCCCAUUUAUAAAGCAUUUCUGGCUUCUAUUAGAAAGGUAUGAUUGGAUCCAUUUUAAUUCGUCACCAAAAAAGCCGUAAUACUGCAAUUUAUUCAACAAGAUUGUGUGGUCCACAGUAUCGAAGGCUUUCUUAAGGUCAACAAAAACAGCUAUGUUCAAGUUCCCCUUAUCCAUGUUAUUGAGCCAAAACAUAGUAUCUUUAUGUAAGGCCGUCAAAGUAGAGUGUCGAGGUCUGAAUCCCGACUGAUUUUGUGACAAUAAGUUAUUGUCACUUAAAUAUUCAUAAAAUUGUUUAAAAACGAUUUUCUCAAAGACUUUAGCUAUUACUGACAAAACAGAUAUUGGUCUAUAAUUAUUUGCAUCCGAUCGUUCUCCGCUCUUAAAAAUUGGGGCUACCCUUGCACUUUUUAGGUCAUCGGGAAAAAUACCACUUAUUAAAGAUUUAUUAAAAAUAAUUGAAAGAGACUCGGAUACGAUACCUGCAACACCCUUGAUCACGUUACAUGGUAUUUUAUCUAGGCCAGAUGCCUUUUUAGAGGGGAUAUCCCUUAUAGCCGCCGAAACCUGACCAGCACUAAUGUGCUUAAAAUUAAAUUUACUUGUACUUUGAUUCACAUAGGUGCAAGGAUUUAAAGUUGUACUCGGAAUAUCACGGGCUAGGUCCAGUCCCAAUUUAAUAAAAUGUUCAUUAAAAUUUUCAGCUAUAAGUUUCUUAUCACUUAUAAUACCCGAUUCGUUUUUUAAAAUAUUUACAUUAGUCCCUUUGGUAGGUUUGUUCAAAAGGUUAUUUAGCAAUUUCCACGUUUUCUUGGUGUUGUCUUUAUUCGCCUCAAGGUUUUGAAUAAAGUAAUUUCUUUUGCAUGUUUUUAGCUUAUUAUUAACCUUGUUCCUCAUUUUACAGUAUUCGAGCCAGUUUGCUUCAGAACGAUUUUUGACAGCAUGUUUUUUUAGGUAAUCCCUACGAAACAUCAUGUCUCUAAUAUCGGAUGUAAUCCACGGGGCAUCACGAUUUCUAACUCGUUUAGUUCUAAUUGGUGCAUGAGCAUCCAAAACUCUAUUAAAAAAAGCCUUCCACAUUCGCCACAUUUCAUUAGGAUCAUGAAAUCUGUUUAACAGUUCCCAUGGUAUUUUUUUUAAAUCGUCGGUAAAUGCAUUCAUGUCAAAGGUUUUAUAAUUACGAGUCUCAAUAAUCCUAGGUCGCUCGCGUGGUAUUAUCAUACGACGCACUGCAUAUAUCAAACUAUGGUCACUGAUAGAAAGGUGACAUACUCCACUACUCCUUAUACGAUGAGACGCUGUUGUAGCAAAGUGAUCAAUUAAAGUUUGCGUACUGCUUGUAAUACGUGUAGGUUGUUUAAUAAGUUGAGUAUACUGAUAUUCAUCAUAUAGAGAA